AUGGAAAGUGACGAUUCAGAAAGGCAGAAAAAACUGGAAGCAGGAAAGGAAAAGGUAAGAAUUCAACUGUGUGACGUGGCCGAGCGCGCGAAGUUCAGAAACUACUCUCGCUAGUUUGCAUUUCAGCUGCUCUUCCUUUGACGCUAAUCCUUCCUCGUUGUUUUUUGCUUGCAGCUGAAGAUGUUCCAGAAGAAGAAAUCGGGAUCAGGGACGAAGAAAAAAAAGAAAAAAGACAGGUCUUCAACGAGUGGUUCGGCGCGGAGUCCUUCACCUGGAGAGCGACGACGAAGAAGUACCUCGCAAGACCGAGGCACGAAGCCUGCACAACCUGAAGCUGCAGUUGCUGCCGAAGAAAAAGUUCCCAAAAAUGAAGGAGAAGACGUGGAAGUGGAGGAAAUUAGCCAGGCAGACACGGAUAGAGAUGCGCCUUCUAUCGCUUCCGAAGUGGGCUCUCCAAUUCCUUUUGACGUGAGUUGGAAAGAGAUUUUUUUUUUAAAGAUCGAUCAGAGUGAGAGAGGAAAUGAAUCACGAAAGUAGCAACCGUGCGUUGAUAUUGACACGAAAUAGACACGUUGAGUUGCAAAGAUAUUCACUAAGUCUUUGUUGGAAAAUUGAUUUAUUUCUACACAAACUAUGUGUUUAUUAAGUUCGAACUCAGAGUUUAGAUUUUAUUUAAGUUUUGAAGUUUGAGUUUUUGGCUCGCAAACUACAGUUUUCGGAAAUCCGAUAUUGAGAUCAGUAGAUCGCAUGUUCAGGCAUAAACAGAUUAUGAUACCCGUGCGAUAUAUAUUCAAGAGAAAAUACACAAGAAGCUGCAGAUCUUAAUAUGUUGUUUUUGGUGUUUCUUUGUUGCUCUCUAAGUCUACUUUUUCGUGAAUUUGUUUUUCUAAAGAAGUUAAAUUGAUCAGAAAAGUAUUUGCGCUUCGUGGUGCGUGGGCAAACGCAUAACAACGGAAGACGCGGUGUUUGUAGUCAAUGACCUUCAACGCUGUAUGCUCAUAAAAUAUUAAGACAACACUGUUAUAUUUUACCCAUUUCCAGGCGGAACAAGAGCAAAACUCGCAAUCGGGAAGCUAUAUCAGCGGGAGUGAGUAUACCAGCGGAGAUUAUUCUGAGGUGAGGAAACAAGCUGUGCUUUUUAUUUAUGUUCAUGCAGCUUGUGUUUUGUUGUGGCUUUGUUGUAAAGGAUAAUAUAUAUAUAUAUAUAUAUAUCAAGUUUCCGUAAUCUGCCGUUUUAAUAGUCUUGUUAGACAAAUGUUUGUACAGGAACAGCAGGGUGUGCUGACUCGUUUACAAUCCUUGUCUAUUUUAUGCGAAACUGUCGAGAUGAUAUAUCGUUUGAAAAAUUUAAACGUGAUCUUGAAAAAAAAUUUAUUAGUUCACCAAAGUGGUCAUUAACACCUCUCCAUUUGCAUUCUUUCUUUGAUUGUCCUUCUGGGAAGUCAAUAUGGAAGAAAUUAUUUGCUUGCACAAUUAACUUCAUGGCCAGUUAUGUGCGUAGAUCAGAGGAAUAAAUCACUUAUCCAGGUUUAGUUCAGACAUGAAAAUAUAUUGAUUUUGGGAGAAUUUAGUGCAUCAUAAAACUGACAACAUAAGUAUCCAUUUAGUCAAAUCUACUGGUGUUUUUCAGCCCUGGCUCUCAUAUUAUUUGCAUUUAACUUUGUUUGCAGUGCAUUUCAUUAAAUAGUUUUGUUGCUACAACAAUAUAAACCCAUGCACUAUAAAACCCCUCAAGCAAUUUAAAAUUAUAAUUGUAAUGCAUGAGUGUGUGCAGCUGUUUCAAUACUUGUCAGAUUAAAGGAAAUUUCACCUUUACAGGAUGUUUUGUUAUAUUUUAGCUUGUUUUUUGGAUGUAAAAGUAGACAGGUUAAUACAGACAACGAAUCAAUAUAAUUCCACAAAAUGUUUGUGAAGAUUAGUCUGCAUAGAGCAUCUUGCUUUGUACACAAUAAUCUCUAAACGAAAGACAUAUAUAAUCUGUAUGUUUCUAAGCUUGAAUGCUGAAUAUCCAUGCAGAGUGAAAUAAUAUGAGCAUGUAUUCAUAUUUUCCUGUUGGUUUUUGUUUAUAUCUUAUUUUGCAACAUUAUUAGGAACAAAAAAAAGCAACAAUGUCCUAGAAAACAUUAUGUAUUUGUAUGGCUUGGCUUUUUUAUAAUUUAUUGGCCCCUAAUUAGGCAUAAUAAUCCUGUCAAAAGGAGGCAACCAAAUUAACCCCUUGAGUGCCUAUAUAACGUACUGAGUAUGUCAUGUUUUUUCCUCUCAGGUGCCUAUAUGACAUACUGAGUAUGUCAAAAUUUUAAGACUUUAUGUGAAUUUCUCGGCACACCAGAAACAAUUUUAACCGGCACCCAAGAACCACAAUAGAUUUUGUGGGAGACUGGUAACUAGUUUUUUGUUCUCAAGAGAAUCUGGGAACUUGUUUUCACCUUUUGUCUGAUUUUUGUCCGCCGUCUUGGUUUCAUGUUUUGCUUGGUGCGUGUUGCAAAAUUGUGAGAACAAAUCUGUUAAUUAUAUUAUGUUUUGAAAAGAAAAACUGAACAAAUGUCUGGAUACAGUACAGACGAUGUAUUAGCAAGUGUAUAGAAUGAUACGGGCAGUGAAAGAUCAUCCAGUGACAGCGAGUUUGAGCCUGGCAGUGAUUAAGAAAGUGAAAGGGACGAUCCAGUGUACAAUUUAUCUGAAAAUAGUGAAGACACAGAAGUGUAUAGGUUUAUACAGUUUAGAGAAGUAAUUUUCAGUUUAUUUGAAGUUUUUUUGAAGACACCUGUUUUCAGUAAAAAUGGCAUGGCACACUGGUUACAAAUGGUAUCGGCAGUCAAGGGGUUAAACAGAAGUGCAAUUUACCUUAGGAUUACAUUUUAUUUUCUGGGGUAGAUCACCUGAGAAGUUGAGUGAAAAUUAGCUUAUUGUUGUGGUAUAGAAUUAGGUUAUUAUUGUGGUAUAGAAUGGCUUUUCAACUCUCAGGUUGAACAUGACAUGGUGACUUGCUAUGUCAAUGUGUUGCCUCUCUUCUCCUCAAAAGCUGUCUUAAUUAAAGUAGUUGCCUUCAGGGAGCCUUUGAAUUUUCCACUGGCUUAAAAAUUUUACUUGGUCCACUUGACUGCAACACGUUAUUUUUCCCUGAGAGUCUAUGAAAUGUUCCUGUUUUUAAGCUCUUAUUGUUUUGAGUUCAGUUCUUCCCUUAAAAUGCAGAUUUAAAGAAUUUUAAAUUUUACCAGGCUCAGAAACAAAUGUGUUAACUGUUUCUAACACCGUUAUACUGUCAAACUUUCCAACUAGAUUGCUUUUAGAUUAAAAGUCUUAAAACCAAAACAAAAAUUACAGCAAAGGCCAAUCAGACCGAAGGAAAAUGCAGAGAGCAGCCAAUGACAACCAAAAGAAAAAAUGCUCAAAUUGCCUGAAGGGUGGGAAAACAUGCAUGGCCAAGUUGCAAGUGGUUUUAAUAUUUGAAUCUGAUUGGUUGAGAAAAUGUUACAAGUUUUCUGACCUAUCAAGAGGCAAAGCACAUGUAAAGCAAAACAAAAUCAAUCCCUGAUUAUUAUUGAGACUCUGUUGAAAACUGCUAUAUUAUUAUGAUGUUGCUGCAAACCAGCCAUGACAACAUAUUCUUUGACAGCUUUUGUUAACUGACUACAAUCUCUACAGUGUGGUAAUGCUGGUAUCUGCAUGGUACAGUUUCUUUGCAUGGCUUAUUUGCCAAGUGCAAGCAUGUGAUUCUUUCCUAGUUGAUAUGUUUGCUUUGUUCAUAUUGUUGUUUCUCUCCUUGAAUAGGAAGGUGGAUUGGACAGUUAUGACAUUGCAAAUAUAGAACGAAAUGAAUUGAAGAAUAAGGCACAAGAAUUGGAAGAAGAGCUUACUGCUAAAAAGGCAGCAUUGAAGCAGAUCAGUCGCGAAAAUGCUGAGUUAAAGGGAAGACUUGAACUAAUGUUGCAAGAUCAGUCUGGAGGCUCAGUAAUCAAGGACCUCAGCAGGCAAGUAGAAGAAAUGAGAGAAAGUUUACAGAUGAAGCAGUCCAUUCUUCAAGACAUAAACAAAGAAAAUCAGGAUCUUCGAGCCAAACUAGAACAAGGUGAACAGAGGGAAGGAAAGCCUGAUGGCGGGCAGCUUGAAGAGUUGAAGGUAAAAAUGAAUGCCCAGCAAAUGACUUUGGAUGGACUGAAUGAAAGAAAUAAGUUUCUUGAGGAUGAAAAUACAAGGUUAAAGAAACAGACGUCACAAGGUGGUGAUAUGCAAACAGACUUCUCAGAGUUGGAGAACUUGAAAGAGACCUUAAGUGCUAAAGAGGAAGUCUUAGUGAAACUUCAGCAAGAAAACAGUGAACUUGCUGCACGAUUGAAAUCAUUUGAUGAAAGUGCCAGUGGAAAGGUGCAGGAAAGUUCUCACAAAGUGGAUGAACUUUCUAAAAUGUUGUGGGAGAAAGAGAGUGAGAUUGGAAACUUGCAGUACUUGAAGUCACAACUUGAGGAGAGACUUGGAAGCUUACAAAACGUCCAAAACGAACUUGAAGAGAGUAGAAGGCAAGUGACUGCACUUGAAGCUCAACUUGAAAAUUUAAGGGUAGAAGAUCGAUCUUUUGAGGAGAAAUCUGAAGUGGAAAACCUUAGAGAGAACCUUCGACUCAAACAAGAAACAAUGGAACAGCUUAACAAGGAGAAUGAAGAAUUGAAGGAGAGAUUAGAUGCCCAAGGGACAACAGAUGUAAAAGGACUUCUUGAGGAAAGCUACCAAAAACUCCAGGAGUUAAGCGAGGAAUCAAAAGCAAAGGAUGAACAGCUUGAAAAACUACAAACUCUUCAGACAGAGUUUGAGAAGAAUCAAGAUGCAAACAAAGAGCUUGAACAGCAAGUUUCAUAUUUGAAACAUCAACUUGCCUUGGCAGAAGACAACUCACUUUCUGAAUCAUCUCAGAUGGAGAACUUGAGAGAAAAUGUCAAACUUAAACAAGAAACAGUUCAGCAACUCAGCAAUGAAAAUGAGGAACUGCGAGCUAAGAUAGAAGAGUUGGAAAAAGGAAAUUAUGAUAUGGAAGACACGAGAGCUAAAGUUGAAGAUCUUUCAAAAGAGUUAGAAUCCAAGAAAGAUGAGUUGAGUCAUUUUGAAGAACUGCAAAAUGAAUUUCAAAGAAGCCAGGCCAGAUGCACUGAACUUGAACAAGAAGUCACCAGACUCCAGGGUGAGGUAGAAGCACUGGAGGACAACUCACAGUCUGAGUCAUCAUUGUUGGAAAAUUUGAAGGAAAACCUGAAAAUCAAGCAACAAACUGUUGAACAACUUGGCAAAGAUUACGAAGCAGUACAAGAGCAGCUGAUGGAGAGUAAGACAAGCUUGGAUGGAUUGUCAGAGCAGCUCCUGAACAAGCAGAAUGAGUUGGACACAGUGAUAGGAGAGAGGGACAAGAAACUGAUGCAGCUGAUGGAUCAGUUUGCUGAGAAGGAUGAGGAACUUGAGGAUCUGAGGAAGAACGACGAGCAGAUGAAGUCACAAAUUCAACAGCUUGAAAGUGAUGUAAGUAUUUCUGAACGUGUACUAGUUCUUAAUCUUGUAAGAAAUAGCCCUCUUAACCCUUUAACUCCCAGAUCAAAAUUGUAAUUCUCCUUACUGUCAACCAUACAAUUCUAAUGUUAGUUCAGAGAAUUUAGAAUUGGAUCAACUAAUUAUCCCCAAAUUGAUAUAUUUCUUUAUUCUCAUCACUUAUCUGGUUGAUAGUGUAUUGAUAAUGUAAGGAGAAAUUCUGUCUUGGUCACUAAUGGGAGUUAUAGGGUUAAAUCUUUUUUUCCGGCGAUCGCACUGUUAAUUACCCUCAUAGCUGUACCUCCUUCCAUGUAGUUCUUCUCAUGAUGCAACUGGUAUUUAACAAUGUCCUUCAGUUUAUAUUUUUCGUAAUUCUCUUUUCUUGUGUGCUUACAAAUGAUUUGAUAUAGUGCAGAAAAACUACUUCUUGGUCGCUCUCGCAAGUAAACGGCUGAAGUUUUAGUAGUUUUCAUUUUCAACCGCCACAGGGUCUAGUGCCUGUUUGGUUAUUAACCCUAAGCAUCUGAAAGUGAUAAGCAACUAAUUUCUCCUAACAAUCUCACCCCUGAAUCAAACAUUAAGGUCAUGAGAAUAAAGGAAAUGAUCAUCAACUAAAGAAACUGUUGAUUGUUAAACGAAUUCUCCUUGUCACCAUCUUAGGAAACGUAUAGAGAACAGUAUGGAGGAUAUGCAUACUGAUGUGAGGGUGUAAAAAAACUAAGCCCCCAAUGAUAAAAACGUUUAACCUUAAUAUCUUGUUUGAAGGUCUCCACGUACCGCACUCAAUCUGAACAACUUGCUGAUCGUUUGAGUGGGUCCCAGGACCAGUUGCUAGAGCUCCAAGAGGCCAUGGAAAGAAGAGAAGAGACUGUGAGAGAGUUGAUGACCAAGCUUUCAGAAAGUGAAAGUGAGCAGAUAAAUGCUAAGCAAGACGCUACCCUGGAAACUAAGGAGUUAACUGAACAGAUUAAGAUGCUUCAGGAGCAACUAGUACAGGUUGGUAAAGCUCUUUAAGAGGCUAAGAAAUUUGACUAACAGAUUUGGGGUGGUUUCAUUUUUCCUAUUUUUAAUGGCCUUGUAGCGUAGGAUUAACUCAAAUAACAGCAUGCGGUUUGUGCGGGAACAAGUGUUAAGCUACAAAGCUGUCUUUCUUUGAGAUUUUUCCUCUUGUUUGCGCGAUUAACAUUUAGUUUGAUAUAUUUUAAUUUCUUAGAGCGACAGUAGCCUCAAAACCCAACAAUCAGAAAUGAACAAGGCUUCCAAAGAACUGCAAGACACCAAAUCCUUGAUAGAAGAUCUUCAGAGCGAGAUAUCGGAGAAGGACAAUGUAAUCAUUGAAAUGUACAGUCUGAAGGAGAAAGACGAAGAAAACUACAAGGCUACUAUAGAUCAGAUCAACGAGGGGUUAAAAGAGAAAAUUAGAGCUCUUGAAAAAACAAGUCAAGAGCUGCAAGAGAAAAAUAGAAGACUUGAUCGAAUGAACGAAGAAAUUCAAGAGAAAAAUAGAACGCUUGAUCAAGUUAACGAGGAGCUGCUGGAAAAGACUAGAACGAUUGAUCAGCUAAACGCCGAUGUUGGAACUUUUAAAAGUGAGGUAGAAGAACACAAGGGUAAUGUGCAUCAAUUGGAGGAAAAGCUUCGUGAUGUUCAAGAGGUGAAUGCUGGUGAAAUUGAGAAACUCAGAGUAGAGCACCAAGAUGAGCUACAGGCCCUAAGUUCUAAACAUGUCGCCGAGUUUGAGAAUCUGAAACUAUCGAUGAGUGAGCAACUGGAGGAAUCGGGACUCGAGGUGGACAAAGUAAGGCAGGAACAGAUUGAGAAGCUGAAACAAAUCCACGAAAGUGAGCUGAACGUGCUGAAGGAAACUUCAGACAAGCAGAUCGCGUUCAAUCAUAACUUGGAACAACAGAUGAAAAAGAUGAAAGAAGACUCUGACAAUGAUUUAGCUCGGGCGAGAGAUGUCGUUGCUCAGAAAGAUGCAGUUGUAGAAGAUCUGAAAGAACAGUUGAAAGACAUGAAAACUUCAAGUGCAAGUGAAAUUAGCGAGCUAAAGAACGAGUUAAAGAAAAAACAAAAGGAAAUUGCUGAACUAGAAGACAACUUGUCGAGCUUUGAGGAAGAACACAGCAGCGACGUUGCGCAGUAUGAACAAUCCAUGCAGAAACAACAAGAACAAACAGCUGAGCUGGAGAAACAGUUGGUGUUAGAGCUUGGCAAUGAAUCUGCGAAGUACGAGCAAAAGCUUGCCGAAACCAAAGCUCACCUUGAAGCGCAAUAUAAGAAAGCGAUUCAAGAGCUAGUGCAGCGAGUGAAGGAUUUAGAAUCGGAGAACGAAACACUGCAAUCGACGCACGGACAGGAAAUGGAGGUGUUCAGAGAGAAUCUUGCUCAGUACACUAGCAACUUAGAGGAACAGAUGCGAGAAUUACAAUCGGGAGCUCAGGAGGAACACGAGAGCGAAAUGAAAGCACUUCAGGCAGAACACCUUGGGGCGACGAAAAAAUUGGAGAGAAAAGUCAAGACGUUGUCUGAGGAGAAAGAAGUUUUGGAGACGAAGAUAAGAAGUUGUAGUGGUGAAGAAGGAGGUGGAGAUUCAGUGGGACAGAGUGAAGAGGUUGCAAGACUGAAGGAAGAUUACGAGGUCCAGAUACUAACGUUAAAAGAGCAUGCACAGAAUGAAAGAGAAAGAUUAGAGAAAGAGGCCAUCGAUGCGGUUAGCAACAAAGAAAAAGAAUUUAUGGAGGUGCUUGAGAAAGUCCUUGAGAAGCAUCAACAAGAAGUGGCAGAUUUAAGGAGUUACUACGAGCAGCAGUUGUCAGACACUGGUGAAGGACGUCUGGCGUUUGGAGAAGAAGAUGACCCGCUGGUGAUCUCCACGCAGCUGAAGCAGGAGAAGGAGAGAGAAAUCUCACGGCUGAAGAAACAGUUCCUACAAGAGAGCGAAGAAAGGAUCGCAUCCGCGCAAGAAGCGUUGCUGUAUAAAGUUGCAAAGGAAGAAGAGGAGAAUACCCGAUUACGAAACAAGUUGGCAAACAAGGACCAGGAAAUUUCUGAGGUAACUAGCGAGCGGGACAGGCUUCUGAAUGAGAUUCAGGUGCUGACUGAUACUCAUAGGGUGCUUGAACAGAUGACGGCCCCAUUGGAGCCAAGUCUCAGCCCUGUCUCCAGUCAGGUCGUGCAAGAGGAACCGCUGUUUGUUCAAGAAUCUGCCGAUACUCUGGAGGUUUUACCCGGUGCUGGAUUUAACGAAGGUAUGGAGAUUUUUAUUUCAUUACUUUCAUUUAUGCUACGAAGAAAAGGUAUUGCUCCAAACCUAAUGACUCCAAAAUUUGUUUCGGUUGGUAAUCUAUCCUCAAUCAACUUUUGGUUGAUUGUGAAAAUCAAAAUGCUUAGGAGGAAACAUUAUGCAAUUUAAAUAUUCAACAAAUACAUGCUUAUUGAAAAAGUCCAGCAGCGAUAGUCCAAAGCACGUGAAGUGCGCGUGACCCACGCGUGUUGUUAUUAGAAAAGACCCUUGUUGGACUUUAACGUUAUUUGGACAUAUAGGCGAUUUUAAAUUCAAUUGUGCUUAGUACAGAUGGAAGCGAAAUGCCGAAAAAGAAGAUCAACCAAGAGUUUAAGAGGAUGCCUCGGGACCUGAAGCCCAUAACCAUUUUUUCUUUUGUGUCGUUUAUUUUUUAAGGUUCUGUCUCAAAGCAAUCUGACCUUACAACAAAACUCAACCAGAUGCAAGAAUUGGUCCGACAGAAAAACAUGGUCGAAGUUAAACUAAGCCAGCAACUGCAGGAGACAAAGAAAGAGCUCGAUAAGGAAAGAGAAAAUUACAGAGCUGAGAUGCAGGAGAGGGAAGCCCGUGAACGCGCGCUGGAACUCAGUAAAAGACAGCUUGAGGAGCAAUUGACCGCAAUGGACAGGGAGAACUAUGAGUCCCUUCAGGAGUUGAACUUGUUGCAAGAGAGACUUCAGGAGAGAAUUCGAGUCGAAGGUGAGCUAAGAGAAGAAAAGAACAAGCUGCUGAAUGUGAUCAAGGAGAAGGACGCCGAAUUGGCGAAGGAGAGGGGAGAACUGACGGAAAGACUGCAACAACACGAGCAAGUAAUUGAGGUGAAUACUUCUUUUUGUAUGUACUAUUCAUUGGGUGUGUGUGGAGUGUGGUAUGAACAAAAAAAAAAUUGUUAAAAAUUAUAUGAAAGACUUAAAAUUUUUUCGAAAUUUGACCGAAAGUCUUAUGUGUUUUCCUAAUCUUCAACGAGUGCUCGAUAGUUGAGUGAAAUCUGCCUUCCUGAAAAUACGUUAAGUUUCUCGUCCAAAACGUUUUAUGGGGGCGCCCAGAGGAUUAUCAGUCUGGAAAAUGAAGAUAACGGUAUGGUUAAAGUCUGUCUUUUUCACUUAAAUUUAUGUGGGAUCCCUUUUACCCGUAAAGUAUCAUUUUGGAAUUUUUGCGUCCUUUCGUUCACGAUGCUGUGGUUGCACAUUGCGAGAGAUUCAAGGUUACUCUUUUUGCUUCACAAACCAGUCAGUUAAAUUUCUCAUUUAUUUGUCAAACGCAGGAGUUGCGUGACAGGAUCUCAACGUCGGACUCAGUCUCCGAUGACGUGCAGGACGCGUUCGGUCGUCAGUUACUCGUGCUUCAGAGUCAAAGAGAUUCACUGUUACAGCAGCUUGAACAACAAAAGAAAGACCGCAACUCUUAUGUGGACGUGCUGGAGGAGAAGAACGCUUUAGAAGAUAGUUUAAGGUAGAUGAGUAGGAUGUUUAGUUACCUCUUUCGUCUAGAUUCUGAUUUUAGGGUGUUCGUUUUUUUCGUUCACGUUAGACGACCUUAUGUCCGAUAUUGGACCCAGAGGAUUCCAUCUUUUUUUCGAAAAUUUAUCGGUGUGUAUUGUAACAGCGCUCAAGCUCUUUCUUUUUCCCCCAGUUUAAUCGUUUUAAGUCUCUGACUCGGGUUUUUUUUUUUGUUCUUUAGACUUGAGCGGGAACGACUAUCUGAGAAGCUUCGCCAGAAGGAAGUGUUGGAGCGAGAACUGAGUCGUGAGAGAGCUGCCCUACAAGAACAGUUGAUCAAGCAAGCCAAACUAAACGAGAUCAUCAGGCAGAAGGAUCUGUUUGAGAAGGAACUUAGGAAGGAAAAGAACGAACUUCAGGUAACUUAAGACGGUUCAAGUGUAGUGUGGAUGAAUAUUUCUCAAUUUUGGUUAGGUUUGUCUCGAAAAGGAAUGUUAAUUUUGAUUCGAAGUCAUCUAGUGACGCGGAUGACUUGAGUUGAGUUGACUACUCUCGAUUUGUGGUCGACGCAGUCUCCAAGUGUUUAGCCCGCUGAACUCCGGAUCGAGUUAUGCGGGCUCGAGCUUCGUCGUGAGGGAUUAGGUUGCGUAUUUAGGCAAGUCAUUUCACUCUUAUAGAACUGCUUUCCCACUCCCAACCCCCUUCUCAGGUUUUAUCUCCGAUAGCUUAGCAUCCGGUUUAGAACACUCCAAGUCACCUCAUGCAAUAAAAACCGCGGUAAGCUCUGAAGUAAUUUUUAACUUUUCGUUUACCACUUAACCCCCCCCCCCUCCCCCCAUUAUGGCUUGAGUUGACUCAAGUUGGACCGAAUUUGUAAACUAUCAGUUUUUUUUUUCUCUUAGACAAUGCUAAGAACUACAUGAUGAACUGCGACACAGUUCUCGUGUUUAGAUCUUCGAGAGAUUGUCUUGAGAGAAAAAUUUCAAAAAAAUUUUAUUUACUAUCAGAGAUUUAUUUCCCAUAGGUUGAACUGGAAGCUAUUGAGUCAAAACUGCUCGAUAAAGAAGAGCUGCUCUUACACGAGAAAGAACGCCUCGAGGAGGAAAUGAGACAAAAAGAGCAACAACUGCAGGAAUGGGAACACGAAUUCCAUCAGAAAGAGAUGGAAUUCUUGUCCAAAGAGGAAUACAUCAGAGAGCAGUACAACAAAAAUCUGUUAGAGACCCGCUCGGACUUAGAGAACCAGUACUCCGCCUCGAUGCAACAGUUGCGGACCGAUUUGGACGAGGAUUACCAGCAGCAGUUGAGGAGACUGGAAGCUAGCUUGAACGAUCAUUAUGGCGGCGAGAUUGGUCAGCUCAAAGCCUUGCAUCAGGAACAGGUGUUGUGGUGAAAACUGCUUAUAGUAUUAAAAUAUUGUGAUCAUAUCAAUGUCAGUAUCUGGGUAACUUCCCUUAGCCAAACUUUAAUCCUAACAUGUUAUCAGUUGACUAUUAUUGUUUUAGGGAGGGGUAGGUGCGCAGUUGUUUAGAUUCUGACAUUGAUCUGUGUUAUCAUGGAAUGGUACCUGGCACGUAUUUUGAAGUUACCAUUAGUAUUUGAAGCUUUUCAUGUAUCUCCAUACGUCCCCUAAUGUUGUUAAUUUACCAAGAGGUUGUUGCGCUUUCGUUUCCUAAACAGAAUUCUGUCUGUAUUUACUUCAGAGUUUUGAUAGUGUUUUUAUAGAAAUUAGGGAAAAGGGAAUGGUGAGAGAAAUCUGGUAGUGAAUACACUACUUAGAGACAAACUGUCAUUGCUUUUUGUCUUGUGAAAAAGAAGAACCAACUGAGUCCCCAAUAUGUAGUUUAGCAGCUGCCCAUUUUGUACUGAAAACGCGUGUCGUUUGGUGGUGAAAUUAUCGCGCGUGCUUUACAAAAAAUUUUCAGAAAUGUUCUAAUUGUAGCCAGCUAACCGUGGGUAAUCUUGUAAAACUAUGAUACUUACAAUUCCGUUUUUCGAGGUGGGGAAACGAGGGUGGGGAAGGGGUCGUCGCAUACAGAUCUAUUGAUGUGUUAAUACGAAAAACGUAAUGUUUGUUGUAACAUUUUAAUCUAGAUUUGUACACGUGGUGAGUUUCAUCUGUAUUGUCUGAGUGAACUAGGGCAACCGCCUUUUCUCUGAUUGGCCUAUUGAGUUUUCCCGCCGUUUCUGGCCACCCGCGUCAGACGUCUGGCUUUCCAAAAUAUUCCUCGAUUUCGGCACCUACCAAGCUAAACUUUUUUUAAUCGAGGGCAUUUAGGUUGUCAGCAUGUCCGUUAUUUGUUUGUGACGUUUUCUGAAAAGACGCGUGAAAGACAUAACAGAAAACAAAUCUUAAAAUUUUUUUUUCGUGCAUGGAUGCCCUCGUUGACUCAGGUGAAUGCUUGAAUUGAAUAUCAAAAACUGUAUUAAAUAUGGUUAGUUAAAUUUCAGAGAUGACAAUUCAAAUACAGAAUAAUAUAAACUGAAUAUUUUUUCAUAGACGCAAUGGUUGAAAGUAUGUGCCUUACUUGAUAAAUAAAUUAUAAACAAAUAGAUACGUUGUUCGGUAGAGGAAUAUUUGAAAUGUUCAUAUAGGAAAUGAAAAAUUUAAGUGGAGAAUGUCUGGUCUCGUAAAGCGAAUAUUGUGGAACCCUAGGCAAUAUUAUGUACUUUUUCUUAAAGAAAUAAUCUCAAAUGAUGGAUUGCUGUGAGAUCAAACAAAAAAUAUUAAUAUUUUUAAAUACUUUGCUAUCAAAGAGAAAAUAAGAAUUUUUUUUUAUAUAAUGGCGGUGAAUUUUAAUAAAGGGAUAUUUCUUGGAGAGAGGACCAAAAAGUUUCGUUGCUUCUUGUGUUGCCCUGGUUUCACUCAGACUGCGAUAACUGUGUGUUCUUUAUACAUUAAUUUUAUCACGACAUGUUUCCAGUUCUCCUUCUUUUGUUGUUAAUUUUUUUUUUUGAUAGCCGUAACCGCGAAGCGCAUUUGAUGAUUUCCGCUAUUUGGGCUUGCAGCUGGGUUAGUCAUUGUUUUAGAAAUGGCGGCGUUCAUGGUCGAACUUUUAGAAAUUUGAACACAGCAUCACAACGGAUGCCUCCUCUUUGGAACCUCAUAACACCUCUACGAGAAAAUUUGAUGUACGCCUUUUUAUAGCGGUGGAAAGAUAAAUGAUUUAUUGAGGAUACUUCUCUAACGAACGCGAAGGGAAGUGGGUAAGGGUGGUCGCUCUCACUCGCUCGUCUCGUGCGCUUGACUCGUGCGAUUAAGGUUAAAGAUAAGAUUGGCAAAUGAAAGAAAAAAACAUCAUUAUGAUGGCUUUUCAAAAAGAAAGCGUCGUAGGGCGAGUUCUCGUAAGCAGUGCCAUUCUGGCUCACCCGUCGUAUAUGGAAAGGCUCUUAUGUGUGAAAGGAGUUAAUGUGAGACUGGUUUAAAAAAAAAGGCACCGUCUAUCAUUUUAUCGCACCGACUUUUAGAACUAGUGUCUAAAAGACCUGACUUGAGGACACUUUUUAAAAUUGUUAUCGUGAUUUUUGCGAUUGAUUGCUGCCAUAGCGAUGUCCAAUGAUUUCAUGAAUAUCCUGCGAAAAUAAAUUUGGCAAUUUGAUUAGUCUGUGACUUUCAAAACAAACAAAUAAACAAAUAUCUCUCUGAAUUUUAAGAAUAAAACUGCAUUUAUUUUUUUCCCUAGAAAUUAUUUCGCGUGACAGCGAUUUUCAGUCCCUAAAUUGAUCACGUGUUCUUUUGGUAAAGCUGAAAUUUGUCAUAUAAAAAACUUCGUAAACCUUUAAUUUACGAAUUAAUUUGAAAUGUGACUUUCAAAUUUAAAAUAAACUUUGUCGGUUCCAUUCUCAAAGUACAUUGUUUCGCGGCAAACUACAUUGUCGAGAAUUAUUGUCAACGCCAGUCAAAAUAUCAACUCUUCUCAUUUUGAAACACCUCAUUUGCUGAAAAAAGUUUUUGUUGUAAAAAAAAUGCAAAGUGUAAACAAAAAGGUUUUUCGAUCGUUUACAACAAUAUAGUCAGGUUUGUUCAUCGUUACUCCGAUAGCGCCGGUUGCCUGGAUAUACGUAACCUUUGUGGGAGUCAAAAACCAAAUUCCCAGGCAAAUAUUGAUGACAAUAUCCACCGGCCAGGCCAAACAUUAAUAUCCGCUGAAAGCCGUCGCGUCUCGAGUCGAAGCUGUACGCCAUGUCCUGUUGUGUUGCGAAAAAAAUUCCCGACGGGAUUAACGCCGGAAGAAAGAUGGAACCAGCUUACAGCAGUAGUACGAACGGCCUAUUUUUGUGAUGAAACGGCGGACUAAUUGCUUUUUUGAUCCGAACUGAAUACUCAUCUGAAUGUGCUGUAAAUUGUGUCAUUCACAAGCGACCUUUUCUUGACUCCGGUGGCUCGAGUGAAGUUUACAUAUGGAAUGGUGCGAUCUUUCGUUGUGGCUCGUCAACUCGCUGCUAGAGCGAGACUGUUUCAAGGUGGGAAAUUUUCGGGUUUUUUUGUAAGCCUCGACGAAACAAGAUUUCUGCUCCUAGCGUUUUAUUUUUAUUGUGGUACUUUAUGUUAAUAUAGACGUAAUUUAGUCUAGUAACCGAUGUUGUCAGUGAUAUUGCUUGUGCUAGUGAUUUUUUUCUACGUUACACACGAGCGAGUCGUUAAUACAAUACUUUGCAUUUUGGACUUGUUACUUGACUAUAAAUUUACUCGACUUCACAACGAUUACAACAGAAUCUCACCAAUCUGAGCAAGAUUGAGCGCUAGCAUUUGCCGUUUCCUAUCUAGUAAUUUUUAUUCCGCAUUUUUGGAGAGUUUCGAGAUUACUUUCAAUCUGAAUGAAACGCAAGUUAGUUAAGCUUCUAGAGAAUCGAAACAAGUCAGAACCGAAUGUGUUCGUAUCUUUUAUUUUGUCCGUGGAGAAUGCGAAUUUAUUAUUCCUCGACGCGUUUCCCGGCCAACCAAUCCAAAUUGUCGAGAGGACGUGCAUCACCGGUUACCCACCUGUUUUUAAUUAUGUAACGAAUUUUGUGAUUGGUCGGCACAGUUUAUUCCGUCAAAAUAGUGACCCUUCCGUUACGUGUCGUUUCGUGUCACGCCAUUUAAUUACAGACGCCCUUUGAGCAAUAUUUUUCCAUCUCUCGCUUCCUUUUCGUUUAUUAUUAUUUUGUUAGAAUUUAUUUUUAAGCCAAAUUGAAAAUGUCAAAGAAGCUUGUUACAUCUGGUGAAGUUUUCUUUGUCUUUGCCUUGUGUGAAAGAAGACGCUUAUUUUUUAUUCCUUUUCCACGAGUAAACAAACCCGUCAGAAAUGAAAAGUUUUAAAUCUUUAAUCUCCAUCACCCAAUUUCACCACAACAUAACCUCAUUGGCUCCCGGCCAUCGAAACAUCAGGCGCACCAAAACAUAGCAAUUAACUGAAAAGGCGAUAAUUUCAGCGAUGGACCGUUGCACGGGUUUUUAACCGACAAAAACGUUGGUUUUUUACUCUUUGUGAAUCUAUUUCGCUCUACAUCUGGACUGUACCUGGAAAUACUCAGGUAAACAAUAGUAUAUCUCAUUUACGAUGUUAAUUUGAAAGCUCUUUCAUUUCGAUCUUUUGACAUAUAAAUUUUGUUGGAAUUGUUUCUACUACUCUUUUCUUACCACGAUGUGCUAAAACGUAUCAUUGGGUAGAUUUGUUUUCGCCCUGCGAUCGGCCGAAAAAGUUAGAAAUGUUUCAAAGGAAUUGGAACUAAUUUGUGUCAUCUAACCUAACACAUGUUAUUAAAGUUAUUGGUUAUUAGACCACUUUGCUUACAGAUGAACGUGUAGUUUAAAUUAGUUUGCGAUCAGGAUUUCUUUGCGCGUUAUUCUUCUAUCUUGUUGCCGUGAAACAUUUUAUGCUCAGUUAAAAUAGAACCUUCUUGCGAGCUGCGAUCGCCGGAGUGCACUUAACGACAUAAGCGAGUGAUAUUUCAUCGUUCUCCCGCGCUUAAUGAGCAAAUAUCAAUAAUUUCGCUCAAGAAAUCGAGAGUAAGCAUUGACUAUUUAUUUUUAAUGACUGCUUCAGGGUAGGUAUUCCAGUGUUAAUCUGACGCCUUGGACAUGCUCACUAGCUAGAAAUCAUCGAGCUGGCUUUCGAUUAACGGCGAGCCAUUGUUAAUCUUUAAUUGCUUGGGUGACUGUUCGUUGUUUGCAUUGUCGGCAGUUAUUUGUGUUUGUUUUUUUUGUUUCCUUUGUCCUUUUCAUGUCACAUUGAGUACCAUUAUUGUGGCUUUUGGUCGAAACUGGGCGUACCAAAAUAUCUACAAAAGCGAUUCAAAUUGAAAAAGAGGUUGGUCCAAUUAACAAGUGAAAGUAACACUCAGGUUUGGCAGGUGUAUCAGAAGAGUCUGUAGCGUAAAAGUCACGUAGAAGAUUUCGGUGAUUAUGUAUAAUACUUCCCUGCUUUGUAAGAUCGUCGUAUAACGGUCAUGUAGUGCCAUCCCUAUAAAACACUGUACUUGAUGUUCUUAAUCCGCUCGCCGCUUUUUUUUUUUUUUCCAAAGAUUAGAAGUUGCCACCUUGUGGGAUAUCACAGUUCUCCAAUUACAUAUCCAUAUGUUAUUUUUUUUUUCCAGAAUUAUGUAGUUCCCUCAGUACGUUUUUCUAAAAUUCAUUGUUCCCAAUACUCUUUUGAAGGAGAAUAAUUUAAAAUACAAAUCUUCUCAAUUAAUUGUGGGUUUACUCGCUAGAGAUGUGUUUUUUUCCUCGAUUCUAGCAGACACAACACCUUUUUUUUUUAUUUACAUAAUUUAUAUGAUGAUCUAUUCAGUUAGAAAGCGGGAACCCUUCUCAUUGACAAUCAUCAACCCCAAGCAGAAGCUGUAAAUCCUUGAGGCUUGAGAUAUCAUCGUAUAUAAGAUCAGAAUAUUCUGCUGCUAUAUCAUCGAAACAAUGAGAAAUAGUGUCUUUAGAAAACAACUUUUAGCUCCUUCAUCAUGUUAGUGGUUCCUUAUUGACACACAGUGUUGUGAUAAAGAGAGCUAUAUUCUUUAAAAAUAAUUAAUUUUACAGAGAUGCAGAGCUCAUUUGUUAGCUCGAUUUUAUCCUUUUCUGGUCUUGCAAAUGCGAAUGUCUCAUAGGACAAUCUUUGGUGUAUCCCACAACAAAGAAUAGGAAAUUUCUUCGGAACUAUGUUUAGAAAAAUUAGUGCUUUAAGCAAAGAAGGAAACAGAUUUUGAAUGAGACCAAGCUUCGAACGUGAUGAAUUUCUUCAGCCCUUUUGACGCGGUGCUUCAAAUUCAACAUAUAUUGUAAGCAUGUUAGCCUGAAAAAAAAAAAUGAACAACAGAGCAGAAAAGCAUAAAGAAAUAUUGUUUCCAUAACCACAUUUUUUACCCAUACACCCGAACGUCAGUAUGCAUAUCCACCACACUGUACUCAUUUUUUAAGGUUGUGACAAUAAGAAUUGGUUUUACAAUCAAGAGUUUCUUUAGUUGGUGAUCGUUUGCCUUAUUCUCGUGACUUUAAUGUGUGAUUCAGGGGUGAUAUUGUAAGGGUAAAUUAGAUGCAAGUCACUAUUAAGGAUCAAAGGGUUAAUCGUUAGUUUUAGUGCGCUAGAGCAGUGAUUGAUUUUUCCAGAACGAGGUCAAAUGUAUUUUUUGCAUUUUCAAGAUUUAUGGAUCACACCUCAGGAUGGUGGACGUCUGACAGUUCAGUUUCUUUAGGCUAGAAAAAUUGCAUUCUAAACACAAGUUCUUACUUGUCUUGAAGUCAGUUGCUUUUUGCAAGAUAGAUAUUGGAUAUCUGUUUAUCCCAAGAAAAAAAGACAGCGAAAAUUUUCAUACAAUGCAUUAAUGAAAAAUUUAGUAACAAAGAUUGAAGUAACGGUCCAAAAUUCUAAUAGCCUUCUAUUCUCCACCUGACCCGUUUGAGUCGAGGUUUUUAAAUUGUAUAAAAAAACCACUCGACUGGGGCCAAUCAGAGUAAAAUAAUUUGGUUAUAUCAACUGAGUUGAUAAUGUAAAUUGGACACCAAGUUUCAAAGUUGACGUUUUGAGCGUUAGCUCUUUGUCAGAGCAGAUGAGAGUAAGAUCGACGCAAAGGUGUGAUAUGCAAAACAGAUAUCUUUUAGAUAAAUGACACAACCUUUUAAACUCUAAUUUAGUUUGAACUUCUUUUGAUGAAUUGUUGAAUCACAAUUGUACAGUUCUAUUGUUCUUUGUUUGGGAUGAAUAAUUGCUGAGGUCGUGAACACUGUGCUAAAACAAACAGACAACAAAAGCUCCUGUCUGGUGUUAACACGCGUCACCCAGUCGGUAAACAAAGAUGGCGUCCUCUACGCUUUCGGCCUAACUCGAGUUUCUUUCUGUGUUUCUUCUUUUCCAGAUGACACGGAUGAAUUCUGAGUUUGAGCAAAAACUCUGGGAGCUCAAGAACGAACUGGAAUCGCAGCGUCUUCAGCAAGUUGGAACUAUGAAGAAUGUGCUGGAGAGGCAACACUCGAAGGACAUGUUGGAGAUUGACGACGUUCAUCAGCAAAAAAUGGAAGAACUGAGGGAAGGUAAGACAAAGGAAAUUGUGUGGACAUCUUAGGCGAAAUAAAUGAGCGAUAACCUCGCAGGUUCGGACAUUGCGAAAACAUUACGAUCAGAGGAGUCAAAUGAUUGGAUCUACUCUUUUGACUUGUGAAUGAACGUGAAGUUAUUAGCCUAAGAAAGAUGGUAAAGUUUUAGCCCCAAGUUGAGUCAAGAAAGACUUUUAUAAUCGUGUUUUAACAAGCGCGGGACAAAGAGAAUGUUGGAAUCCCCAAAAACAAGUGUGAAGGUCAUAAGAAUAAAGGAAGCUCCUGAUUGUAACACAAAUUCUCUUUGUCAGUGCCAUAGGGAUUGUAAAGAGGAUGGUCUAGAGAAUAUGAAUACUGAUGUCAGGGUGUAAAGGUAUUAGGGUUAAUCAUCCUAAGGUUGAAGGUAAAUUUCUCCCCUAUCCAUAGCGUGGCGGUACAUAUUUAGUUAACCCUCAAACUCCCAGAAGUAAUUACCACAAUAACUUGUCCCAGUAUUAUCUAUGCAUUAUCCAGCCAACAGGUAACGAGAAUACUCAACGUUAUCAGUUGGAAGCUUUCAUCUUGAUCUAACACCAGAUUCUCGUAACUACUUUACAAGAAAAUGUGAAGAAGCUAGAGAGGAGAAUUAACAAUCCGUUUUUUUUUCUUUUUAUCGUUAAGAUCUUGACCAGCGACACCAAGAGGUUAUGGGAGCUGUUCAGUUGCAACUAGAAACUUCGCAUCACGACGAGUUGAACGAACUCACCGCCAGUUUCCUGGCUGAGACUGCUAUCAAGGUCGAGACUGCCCGUUUGGAGACUGAGCACGAUUGGCAACAAAAACUAGACGAAAUGAGAGAAAAACACGCGCAAGAAGUAGAUGCAAUAACUGAAAAGAUGACACAAGUGAGUGAUGAAUUCACCCUUGAAAUUUUUCCUCUUCAUUAUUUUUUUCUUUAGAGUGGGUUUCACAUUUAGAUGCAUAUAAUCGUGCACUCAUGGUGUCGUAAUGCUAAAAUCUAGACCCAUUCAGUCUUCGUACGAUUUUCACACAUUUUUUUUUUAUCUAUAAACAUGCGAAAUUUGCCUUGUGAAAGACUUGUUUAAAGUAAGUAACAAUGUCAUCCCUGCCACGCAGUGUUUUCACAUGCUUUUCAAUUAGAUGUUGAAGCCCAGGUAUGAACAGGUUGAUUUCACAUAUACAGUUUAGAGUCUCGACAACGAUAACUGACUGAACACGAACGACCCCGAAUCUUAACCCUUUAACCCCCAAGAUUUGAUUUGUAAUUCUCCCCCCCUGGCUGCUACACAUUUCCUUGUAAAUUUUUUUAUGAGAAUUUGGUGUUCGGUCAAGGUAAUAUCUUGUUCCUGAUGAGUUCGAGUAUUCUCACUAUCAGUUUGCUAGAUAAUGUAUGGGUAUUAUAGGGAGAAGUUACAUGUUAAUCACUUCUGGGAGUUAUAGGGUUAAACUAAGUAGUCCAACGGAGCGCCUGAGUAAUAAGUUAUAAGAUUAGCAGAACAAAACGACGAUGCCGUUUCCAAACCCUCGCAAGUCUGUUAUUUAGUAGAACUGACGGAACGGAACUAAUGUGUUUUCGAAUUGAAAAACAAAGCAUUAAUUUGCUCUUCUUUCUGAAGAAACUGUAAUGGUGAAUUUUUACUCGGUGAUAGAGUCUAGAUAGCUUCGAAAUGUCAUAGCUCUGUUUUGCUUAUUUUCAUCAAAAUUCUUCCAAUUUGGGGUUUUAUUCACUCCUCAUUUCAAUCUUGCGUAGCUUUGUCAUUUCGAGUUACUGGUUAAGAAUCACUUAGCUUGAACUAGCGUGACGAGGACCUCUCAAAGCCUAUGAGAGAAAACCCACAACACAGUUUGCCAAGUAGUUUUAGUGAGAAUUAUUGUAAUUAAGAGUUUGAAUGUUGUUUUUUUCUGUCUUUUUCUCGUAGCUUGAGAAAGACAUGGAUGAACUCAAGGAGAAGCAUGAAUACGAACUGAGCGAAAAACUGUCCAAACAGGCAGAGCAAUUUGAACAAAAACUAGAAAAGGAAGUAUUAGGAAUCACGGAAAAACACCAGGAAGACUUUGAGAAUGAUUUACAGCAAAGCCUAAUUGCUACAGAUGAAAAACACCAGAGCGAGUUGAACGGAUUGCGAAAUGAACUUAUGGAAGAGUUCCGCGAAAAACUUGAAGAAAUGGAACAAACUCUUGGAGAACAACAUGCACAGGAGUUGGAGGAGCUACGGGAAGAGCUUGAAAAGGAAAGAUCCGAAGUUACAAAUGCAGCUUUGGAUGAUCUGGGAAGAAGACACGCUGAGGAAAUAGAGUUUAUGAGGAACGAACAAGCACAGCUGCUUGAACAGGCUACAGAGGCAAGACGGCGUUUGGAGAAGAUUCACGAGGAGGAGAUCCAAGAGAUCAACGAACAAGUCAAACGCGAACAUGAAAAGUUGUCACGGAUGAGAGAGGACUUAGAAGGAACGUACGAUGACACUGCUAAAGAGCAUGCGCAACAGUUGGAAAACGCGCGGGCGCAGCUGGAGCAGCAGCGGAGUGAGCUGAAGGCGACGCACUUGUCGGAGCUGCAGAAUUUGAAGGCCGAGUUCGAGAGGCGGUUAGUUGAAGCUGAUCAGAAGCAUGCCGAAGAGGUAGAGAAGCUCAGAUCGCAGUUGGAGCAGGAGAAGAUGGAGAGAGAGUUAGAGCAUGUAAGGGAACUGGAAAAACUUGCGGAAGAUAUGGAGAGAAGGUAACAUACUUGAAUUAAAAAAAAAUGAUAAUGAUGAAAAAAGGAUGCAGGUGUUUUUGGCGAGGCGCAGUGCAGUGUUUUUGGCGAGUGUAUUUUGUUAUCGAUGAAAUGUCUGCCAAAGAUUAGAAAGGCUGUUGGUAAUAACGGUACCCAUGAGUUCUUUACGAGAGUCUCACAAAUGUUCAAAUCGUGUUAGCGUGCAUAAAAAAAAUUAACUCUUAAGCAUUCCAAAGUCAGUGGUAGCCUCAUAUUCAAUACUUUUGUUAAAAAGCUAAUCAACGUCAAUCCAGAAGUAAGAAUCGAUCAAGGUUUUCAAUUCUCUCACGAUUACUCUCAUCAGCUAGGAAUAAACACGCGUGUUUUAUUGUUCAAGAUGACGUGCGAGAGUGGAAAACACGCGUGGUGUUUUUAUUGUUUGAAUAUGACAUUUGAAUGCUGUAAACACGAAUUAGAAAUGUCAUCGUCUUUUUGUCAUUCUCGUAACUUGUUAAGUCGAAUUAUCAUUUCGCAUCUUCCAUUGAUAGAUACAUCUCCAAGGAACAACAGCAUGCUAGAGAAAUUGGUGAACUACAAACUGAAUUGCUCAAAGUCAAGACAGACAUGGAAGAGAAAAAAUUCUCUGAGCUAGAAAGUACCAUGAAAGAUCUCGGUGGAAAAUAUGAAGAAAACCUUCAAAAGAUUGUGAGAGAUCUUCAGGAUAAACAAGAGCAAGAAAUUGAAAGUUUAAAACUUGAUUUUGAAAAGAUUAAGGAAAAAGAACUAGAAGCGUGCAGAGAAGAGGUGAAAGAACAAUAUGAAGAUGAAAUACGAUCGCUUAGGUCACGCCAUGAGAUUGAACUUGAAGAUGUAAGGGGGCAGUUCCAAGAGGAGAAGAUGAAGGAUUUUGCGAAAAUGAGCGCCAAAAUGGCCUUGAAAAAUGCACAGGCUUUGGAAAAGAUGCGACUUAAUCUGAGCGAAACACACGAGAAAGAUAUGGAGGAACUGAGAAUGGAAGGUCAGAAAGACUACGAGAGAACUGCUCUGAGGUUAUCCUCUCAAAUUGAAGGGAUGGAAAUUGAACAUCGUAAGGCACUACGGCAAUUGAAAAUGGACCUGAACGAAAAGCAUGAAAAGGAAAUGGAGGAUUUACGACGAGAGGUGAGCAGCAAAGAGGAGCUUUUGAUAGAUUUGAAUGAGAGCCAUGAAAAGGAAGUAAACGAUCUAAAACGUAGACAGUUCAGUGAUUUGUUAGAUGAGGUAUCUAGUGUAAGAGCAGAGCUUGCUUUGGAAGCAGUUCAGAAAGUGGAAGAAGCUAAGUUGGAGAUGGUUGAAGAUAGCUCCAGGAAGGAAGCUACUAUUCAAGAUUACGAGGAAAAAAUACAUCAAAUUCUCGAGCAACAUGAAAAGCAGGUCAAAGACUUGAGCGAAGAAUAUGAAUCGCAGCUCAAAGACCUCAAAGAAGAAUUAGAACUCUCCAAACAAUGGAUGUCCAAAGACGUGAGCAACGAGGAAGAAUUGUUCGAACAAUAUGAAGCAAAAAUUCAAGACAUAAAGCAGCACUAUGAGAAGGAAAUUGAAAUUUUGAAAGAAAACAGCUUAUCUAAGGAUGACAGUGAAGGUGGCGACAGUGAAAAAUACUUGUUAGAGCAGUUGGAAAAAUGUCGAGAGGAAACCGAUGAGUUAGCAGCGAGGCUGGAAACUGAGAGAGAACAAUUUAAAGACAUAUACAAUAAUACAAAAACUGCACAAGAAACAGAGCUUGCGUCUUUAAGGAGAGAGCUGGAAGCUAAACAUCAGCAAGAGCUAAAAGAAACGAAGGAGCUUUUUGCUGAAAAUGUUGAAGCUUUGAAGGAAGAACUCCUUGUCGCUUCAGACGAGGAAAAAUUACAGCUUAUCGCAGAGGAACUUGAAAAGAAGCAUCAGAUAGAACUUGACGCUCUGAAAGAACGACUUAGUGCCGAGCAUCAAAAUGAAAUGGAAACCUUCAAAGUACAGAUGAGUGAAGAGGUUGAAGCUCUCAGGGAACAGAUUCUUGACUCGUCCGAACAAGAAAGGUUUGACGUUUUGAAGGAUGAUUUGGAAAGGGAACAUGAAAACGAACUAAAGGCCUUACGUGAGCAGCUCGAGAGAGAAAACGAAGAGGAGAUAGCAAAGCUUAAAGAGGCUUUCGCGCAAGCUUUAGACGCUGUGCAAGCUGAGGAGAAAGCCAAAGGUGAAAUACAACCGUAUUCUCAAGAGAAAUUUGAUGAACAACUUGACGAAGUCAAGCGGCAACUUGAAGCGGAACAUUUGCAAGAAAUGGAAAAACUCAAAGAGGAUAUGUUACAUGAAGUGAAAACCCUUCAGGAACAGGUUCAGUUAGCUGCUGAUAAUGAGGUGGAAGCCACGAGGGCUCGUUUGGAGGAAGAGAAAGACAAGAUAAAAAAUAGAUUAGAUGAAAAAAUGGCCGAAGAGAGAUCGCAACUUGAAGCAGGUAAAGUAAACCUUUAGCUGUUCUACGUUCUUGACGAGUAGCCUCAUAACAACGAAAAUUGAGAAAAAAAUUCAUGUGACUGCUUAACCAAAAAAAGGUGUUGGAAUCUUUUUUUGUCUUAUUAUUAGUAUUAUUUUACAUCUAUAUUUUUUUUGCUUAAUUUUUGUUCGUGUUCUUAGUAUGACGAUGACCGUUACGAAGUAGCCAAUUGAGGCGGAAUUUUCCUCUUUCAAUGAAGUAAAUUAUAUACGUGUUCAACCCUUUGAGCACUAAGAGAGACUAGCAUCUAAUUUCUCCGUACAAUAUCAACCCUAAAUCGAACAUUUAGGUCACAAGAAUAAAGGAAAUGAUCACUAACUUAAGAGGCUCUUGAUCGUUAAACAAAUUCUCUUUGUCAGCACCUUAGGAAAUGUGUGGAGAUCAGUAUUGAGAAUGUGCAUACUGAUGUUUAGGUGUUAAGGGUUGAAAGAAAGCUCUUUAUAUGUUUACUUCCAGUAAUCGACUCCUUUUCAGAAACCAUCUCUUGGGACAUCUUCAUUUCCGCGACGUUCAUUACCAAUUGUAAUUUCUUUGUUUGUUUGUUUGCAUUCGUUACGGGAAAAGGAAUUGAUAGGAUUAACUGGCAGCAUUUCCAUGGUAUUUUUUUUUUGCCUCAGAAGAAUAAUUUUGAGCAAUUAUCGAACUAGUAUUUCAAUGACCGUGUCAUUUCUCAAUAUUUACUUACUAUUCUAGAUUUACUCGCUAGUUUGGAAGCUGUGAGAGAAGGUGUCAAAGCUAGCAAUUCCGAUUUACCAGAAGGUCCCUUGAGAUCUCAAAAGACAAAGAACUGCGGUUUUCCAGGGCUGCAAAGUUUUUGGAAUACAUUUAGUCUUUCAUAAUGUUUGCCACGUGAUGUUUAUAGCGAUUUUAUUAGCGAUAUCUUUGCAAAAUUUCCGGUCCAAUCCCUCGGUUUAGUUCAGAAAGUAAUGGUGCAGACUUCAGGUUUUCAACCGCAGUAAAUCAAAGGUGAAAUUUCUCCCCUAAAAUACUUUGAAUUCUCGUAAUUUUACUGUGUCCUGGCUCUGAGGUGAGACGUUUUGACAUCGUUCGAUGAACCUAGUUGCAAGGUUGAUUGAUGUACUCUGGUUCUCCGUUGAUUACAGAGUGCGUAGACCGCAUAGGAGCUCUUCAUAAAGGCUAGAUUUUCAUGUAGGUUUGCCGUCUUUUCACGAAGAAUUUAACCAAGGGACUCUUGUUUUGAUUCUUGCAUCUUUCACAGAACACCAAGCUGCCAUGGCGCAAGCUCGACAGGAACAGGAAGCCCAACAUCUGAGCGAACUCGAUGCUCAACAGCAAAAACACGAUGCUGAGAUGAAAGCAUUGCAGUUGAGAUUCAACGAAGAGCUGGCCACCGAGAGAGCUCAGCUGGAAGAGGAGAAAAACGCUGAUAUGGCACGGUUAGAAGAAGCACUCAGCGGUAACCUCAGCCAACAACAAGAGUUACAGCUACAGAUGUUAAAGGAGCAGCAUGAUCGUGAACUCGAGGCUGUCCGAGAAGAACUGGUUCGAACUCACAUGGAAAAGUUCACCGAGAUGACUGCUCGGUUAGAGUCUGAACACGAGGUUUGUUUGUCUGUUUGUUUUUUAGUGCAACUUCCUUCCUAACACUUUUUACUUCAGAAAUUAAACCUUGUUAGGGAUAUAAAACAUGUAGGACAUUCAUAAUCUUGGAAGUAGUAUUCUGAAAUAAGCAAUAACAGUUGAUAUUUGAAGUGCUGUUAAUAUUAUUACAAGUGUUGUAAUUAUUACGAUAUUUCUUUUUAUUGUAUUUAUUAAAAAAAAAAAGGUUGAAAUAGAGAAAUCCAGUUCGUGUGAUACAGUAAAUUUCACUAAUACGCUAGAAGUGAGAAAAACCUCAGACUGUCUACUUAAGAGAUAUUGACAAUCUAAUGAGGAGAUUUCUUCAUUUAUAUUUCAUCACUCUCAUUCUCACAAAAGCUUUUGUUCUAUGUUUGGGAAAGUUUUAUUCCCCGAGCAGUCCUAGUUUUUCCUAAUAAAUAUUACCUUUGGUCCGCUUAGGAACUAUUUCGUUCGCAGUUUUUUUGUUGUUGUAAUUUUGUACCCUUUUCUCAAACACAACACGCGUAAAGGCUUCAAAAUUUUCAUAAGAAAGUAUAGUCGGUUUCAUGUUCUUUUUGACACCGAGUACAAUUAACCUCGAUUUGUUCUGUCCUAGGCGGAUCUGGAAAAAAUGAGAGAAUUUACACGCGCCGAGAUGUCUGAGAAAUUCCAAACUGAACUGGAAGAGGCCAAAGAAGUGGCUCGUUAUGAACUUGAACAAGAACAUUUGGAAAACCUCCGACAGCUCGAGGCAAGCCUGGGACAGAAUCACGCAGAACAGCUACGCGGAUUGGCUGAACUGCAACAGAAACACGUAGACGAAAUUCACAACCUCAAGGCUACACACGUGACGGAAAUCGAACGACUUAAAAAGGAGGUCGCCCAAGCAUACAACGAUCAGCUUUCCGCGGUAAGUUUGGACGCCGAGAGAGAAGUUUCCCAAGUGAAGGAGGAAUUAGACGAAGCUCACAGCAAAGAGAUUGACGCGUUCAAAGACGCACUUGAGCGUGAAAAGUCUCGCGUACUUGCGCUUGAGGCGGUACAGGCCAGCAUUCAGGCGGCCCAUCAUGACAUUGUACAACGGAUGCAGGAGAACUUUGACAAGGAGAUGGGGAAUGUGAGGAGUAAUGUAGACUCUGCACAUGGAGAGCAGGUACAAGAGCUACAGAGCUUGUUGGAGGAGAGACACAAAAUGGUAAAGAUGCUAGAAAAAUAUUUUGGUAACAUAAGGAUAAAUACCAAUUAGGGAUGCUGCACAAACCUUACUAGGGUUAAGUCUUUGGUGAAGGUUAGCGAGGAUACCUACCUUUACACUCUUUUGCCCAAAAACCCACCCACCCACCCACCCUUCGUCACUUUGUCUGUCGUUUGUGUUGUUAUUUUGAAAGGAUAACGAAGCAUUCAUGAGGCAACUUGUUAGUGUUAUUAGAUGGAGCGUCGGCACUGCACUAGAUCAGAUGAACUUUAGAAUGGUGAAAUAAGUAACUGGGAAUAUAUGUGAAAAUCAUAAGUGAAAAUUCAUAUUUAUGCAAAUCAAUGAUGAAAUCAGUAGCCAUAGAAAAUCAAAAGACUUUUCAGGUGGCGGCUGAGAUGACAUGUAGAGUAGCCAUGUCAUCUCUUUCUUUUUUCUGCACGCAGUGCUGGCUUUCGUUGUCUCCCGGCUCGAUGUUAGCAUUACUUUUUGUUUCCUGGCCCGGGUUGUUCAAAGCUGGGUUAAGAUAACCCAGGGUUAGUGUGAAAUUUGAUUUUAGGUCUGAAAGCUUUAAGAGAGUUCAGUUCAAAUCUUUUUGCUCGCAAUUUUAUCAUUGGAUUUCCUUAAAGUAAUAGGGAAGAUUUUUCCUUAAAAAAAAUAAUUUUUGAACAAAGAAAUAAAGAAAGCUGGAUUAAUAUUUAACCCCAGGCUAGUGCUAAUCGGCCUUCGUACAACUGGUCCCUGGUUAACUCUUUGUGCUUGAUAUUGGCAGGAGCUGGACCGUGUCAAAUCCGAUCUCGCCGCUGCUGAAGGAAGAGCUGCUGCUAUAGAAGCUGAACAGGCCAAAGGUCUUGAGGAAGUCGAGGAGCAAUUCCGUAAAGAAGUGGAAGUACUAAAAGAGUACCUGAAUUCCCAAGAGAAAGAAUUUAUAGCAGAAAUUGAUAGGACUAAGGUGGGACUGCAUUUCGAGAUUUUACUUUAUAGCCUUAAAAAACUGCGGUGUUUUUAAAUUCAUCAGACAGAAAACCCAAACUGGACAUUCAGUCUGACUUUUUUAAAGCAAAGGUAUUAGUGGUAAUGAUAAUUAGCUCAGUCAAUCUAGUCUUGAUUUUAAAUCUUUUUUUCUUUUGUCAAGGAGGAGAACGAAAAGCUGUUGAACAAGCUGCAGGAGAAACAGUCUCUGAUUAAGGAGGUGUGUGUUAGACAUUGUUUAGCAAGAGCUGUUUUUUUUCUCUUGAUCAGCACCAUAUUGGAAUGCCAUGUUUAACUGUUGAUAUGUGAUGGAUGGGUUUUCAAGUUUUACUGAGCUCUUGGAUUUUAUUAUUUUGCCCGUCAUUCAGUCUUGUAUGGUAUUUUUCAGGGGUUAAAAAGUAGGUUUUUUCUUGAGAUCUGGACAUUCAAUUUAUCGCCAUUUUUCCCCCGAGAAACUGCAUAAAAUUCACGAAAAGUUUGGUUAACAAAAUUUCUAUCCAAAAUCUCCUCAUUUUUUUUCCUCCAUUUGUCUUUCCAGAUGGAGGCUGAACAGGUUCGUCUUCAAAAUGAUCUUCAGCGUCAGUCAGACAACUACAACUUAAUUUUAACACGUCGAGACAGAGAACACCAAGAGGAAGAUAAUCUCGUCACCAUGCUUCGCUCUGAUGUGGAGAGACUAGCUGCCGAGAGGUAAGGGACCUUUGCUACAACUAAGUUACAGUCCAAUGAGAUUGUGCUGUCAUGUUCAACUGAUUGAGCUGAUUCUAAGUUCAAUUAUUUUUAUCUUCUUCUUCUUGUAAGGGAUGCGUUGCAGCGAGCAAACGAGCGCCUGUUAAAGCUUCUUUCAGACGUGGUGAAACAGGCGGCUUCUACCGAGGAGACGAUAAACAAACAGCUUGAAGACCUGAUACAGGAGACAAGCCAAAAUGAGGAACAACUUACACAAUGGCCCUUACAUGAAUUGGAGUCCGGUACAGUAAAUGAGUCCCAGAUCCCACCAGACUCUAUUCGUCGCCCGCAAAGCUCGCUUCCUGCCGGGCUAUUGACGUCAACGCCUGCUGCGGGACCCAGUGCCCCUGCGGUCAACUUUGCGACACCAACCGGAGGCGCUACCGCUGACCUGUCCGAGUCAGAAGAUGCAACGCUGACCAGUAAGACUGACUUGUCACUUCUCAGUGAUGAAGGAUUGGAACUGUCACAGCGACAAACGGACACAAUCUUCCAAGGACCGAGCUUGGAUGAACAAGCUGAGGAACUUGUGAUAGGUAGGGCCAAAAGUUGUGUGGAAAAGAGGAAAAAAAGGAACUUAUCCAAUAUCUUGAGGAAAAAAUGAUGAAAGCGUUCUUUAAUCGAGCGGAUCAUAGUUCUUCUGGAAAGAAAUGGGUCUCGUUAAAACCAAGACUUUCACUCUUCUCACACAUUCCACUUCUUGUCAUUUCCUUUGAUACGCAGUUCCGCUCACGUGUAUUACAGAAUUACAUGCGCUUGAGCGCAUGCAAUUCCCACGCGUUACAAGCGUAAAACGCGCACACUGCGUGUCACUGCACGUAGCCAAUCAGCAGGAACUCACUUAAUGUGUGUUCUGAGACACAGUUUAUGUAAUGAAACAAAAAGGUUGAAUUAUUUAUUCGUCAAACGAUUUCCGAACAGCCGCUUCCUCUAUUUAAGAACUAGUUAGUCGAACCGUUCUGGUUGUCCAUCGAAGUGGCCUGUUCCAAGAACCGACUGAACUUUAUCUGGCUCAAAAAGCUCUGUCCUUUGAGUAGAGCAUAUCAAUUUUUCACGUUUAUGUAUAGAUCACUCUUGACAUGCGUGGCAGUAUGAAGCCCUAAUAUUGCAGACGAUGGUGCAACUGAUUUCUAAUCCUUUUGGCACUGAAAGCCCGCGAAACUCAAUUUGCCUGCACGUACCCGUAAGGAGUAGGUCUGCGCGUUCUUUUGACCCCCGAGUAAGAACCAGCUCUAAGAGUAAUUAACUUUGCUUUCUCUUUUCAGAUUCUGGGGUUCGGCUCAGAUCUGCUGCGCAAAAACUGCUCGAAGUUGUUGCCACGAUGACCAAACAGGUAAUAUCAAUUUUUUUUUGUUGCGCAGACAGUCGGCCUUGGGGGGGUGGGGGUGUUCAUCAACGACACCACAUACUUAAUUGCCGCUACCUCGCAGCCGAUUAAAAGCCUAACAACGAACGAUUAAUACUGUAAACUUUUCUAAGGUUUUCAACGACUACCUACCCACCAUCGUGUUUUUUUUUUUCCAACUAUUGAAUAGCGUAAGAGUCAACUUAAGUCUCGUACGUGUCGCAACGCAGUGGAAAUUUUCCUGGCUAAAGCAUCAUUUGAAUUUUUCUUGCAGUGGAAUCAGGCCCGCACGGCGCAGAAAGAGCUUCUUAAUGCUACGUCUCAACGAAACGAGGAGCUCGAACAAGUAAUGGCAGCCCAAGAGAAUCUAAUGGCGAGGUUGAAAGAGGAACUGGAGGAAAAAGAACGCCUGUCAAACGAACUGAAUAAAGCGAAUGAACACAUGGAAGAAAUGGCGGCUGAAAACGACAGACUACAAGGUGAAGCCAUAGAUAACGUGAACAAAGAGAACGAGGAAAUGAAAAAAGAAAACGAAGAGUUGAAAUCAAAAGUUGAGGCUGCCGAGAAGGAGUUAAAAGAAGUAAAAGAUCGUGAACAGGAGCUGGAAGAGGUAAGACGAGUUCUUGUGUCUGAAGUGGAAGCUCUUCGAGAAGAAGGAAGGCUUCGCCUGGCGCAGGAAGUGGCGGAAAAGAAUAUAGAGGAUGAAGAACACUCGAAGGAGUUGAAAACGUUAAUUAAGGCCAGAGAUGAAUUAGCUGAAGAGUUAGAAACCUUGAAGGAAUCCGGCGACGAGCUCUUGGAAGAGAAUGAUGUACUGAAGGCUGCGGUAGAGCAACUGGCCAAAGAGAAGAAAGAUCUGGAGGAAAAGGUGGUGCGGGUAGAGGCGCAGAAACUCGAUGAACUUGAUGGCCCGGAGGAACUCAAAGCUAGCGUGAAGGAAUUGAGUGAGGUUUCUCAGCGACUUAAAGAAGAAAACUCUGUAUUGGAGGCAAAAGUUGCUUCUCUAGAGAAAGAAGCGAAUCGGUCUCAAAUGACGGGUUCUGAGGCUCAAGUUAUUCAAGAGAAUGAUCAUUUGAAGAAGGAAGUCGAAAAAUUACAGGAGGAUAUCGGCGAGUUACAGGAAGAAAACGAAAAGCUGAAGGACGCCAUUGAACAAUUCAGGGAGGCAGUACAGCAGCUGUGGGACGAAAAAGAAGAAUUGAGUAUCGAGCUGUCCAAGGCGAGAGGAGAAGACACCUUGGAGUUUGACGAGCUCCAGCAGCUGAGAUUGCAGACCAAAGAACUGACGGGACAGAAUGAAGAGCUUACGGAGAAGCUUAAAAACGCUGAGUUGGAGCAAGAAAAGAAACGAGAACUGCUCCAGAAGGCGCAGAUUCACCUCGAAAAAAUUCCUGAGUUAGAAGCCGAGGCGAAGGAACAGAAUGAACUCGUGAAUCAGUUGAUGCAGGAACAGCUGCGGAAUAAGGAAGAGAUCGAGAAACUUCAACGCGCUGUCUCCUUGCAGAAGGAGGUACCCUUGAUACAGGUAUGCUGGAUGGACUUACUGUCUGUCGCUCAUAAUAUUAAGGAUCCUUGUUUAGACCUUGAAAUACUAAGUGCUCCAAAAUCGAGUAAUGAUCAUACUAAAGAUCUGUAUGGAUCGCAUAGUUCGCUCGUUUUCGCUUGCAUAUGUAAACUAAUGUAAUGUUUUUCAACUUCGCUUGUCUGACAAUUGCAAAUGACAAUUGCAUCUCUGUAAAGUAAGUUUAAUGAAGGUUAAUCCGAUCAAAAGUUUCUUUUGAUCGGAUUUUUUUUCCCCAGUCUUCUUGGCAAGAUUUUGAGAUUCGAAAAAAAUUUGCUGUUAUAAAAUCUUAGUUUGUGUGUAGUAGGAUAUCUGGGCUAGUGAAGCUUAUGCGCCAAGGCAAUGAGAAACCUUUCAGCAGUCUAUAAAAGGUUGUCGAAAAAAAGGACAAAAUUUCACGCGACAUUCUUGAAAGGAAAUCAGGGUAUCUAGUAAUAACUGACGUUUCUCAGAUUUCUUUGAAAUCAUGAAGUCAAGGAACCGUGACCUCUAAACUACCCACAACGCCUUUCGGGGUUGUCGUGUGUACUUGAACGCUUCUUUUCCCGCCACCCUCUCGUGAAAUAGCUGCAUAUCAUUUUUGUUUCCUUCAACAGGUUACGACUGUAGAAACUGUUGAGGGAGGUAUUCAUGGCGAAGAAUUAUGGGGAGUUGAUGAUAAAACAGACGGCGGGGAUUCCAAAGAAGACGAGGAAACCGUUCAAGAAUUAAAGGCAAAAGUUAACGAUCUUGAGCAACAGGUUGAAAACUAUAAAAAGGUCUUGGAAGAAAGUAUUCAGGAGCCGGAAGCAAAUAAGCUUAUGGAACUCGUUGAACAGGUUCGCUCUGAGCGGGAAGACUUAGCUAACAAGUGCAAGGAACUGGAAGGGAAAGUGAACGAGGAGGGACAAUCUAAAGAAGAUAUGCAGGCUGCUAUUGAAGAGCUGGGAACACGCUUGAAGGAGUUCGAACAAAGUAACUUAGAGUUAGAGAGGGAACUGAGUGUAAAGACGCAAUCUGAGAUCGACUCGUUGGUGCAGAUUAAGGAUCUACAAGAUGAACUGACCAAAGCUCUGGAAGCUUUUAAGGAAUUAGAGGAAUUAAAAGACAAAUUGCAAGAGGAUUUGGAAACUAGCGAGGAGACUCAGAAGGACCUGGAGCGAGAGAGGGUGACCAUGCAGAAACAGCUCAAUGAUGGAUUUCUCCAGAUCUCUGCGCUGAAGGUGAGAUAACUGCCUUCUUUUUUUCGGUCAUUUUCGUAGCCCUCCAGUGAGGGGCUUGAAAAGUUUCACUUUGAUAAGACCCCAGGGCGAAAUCGUGACAAUUCUUUUUGGCGAGACUAUUAUGCGUCAAUCAGUUCCUCCCCCUUCAAGCAACCCCCUUGGACAGAUCCCGUCAACAGAUCUACGUGGAAAUGGGUAAAACAUGUAAAAAGGUUCGUACGGGUCCUGGAAACCCUGGAAAGUCCGGGAGUUUUAAUUUGACAUUUCCAAGGACUGGAAAGUCCUGGAAAAGACCACAGGUUCUGGAAUGUUCUGGAAAUUUGCUUAAUUCAAGCAAUUAAGUUUUCAGAAUUUAUGUUUUAACAAAUGUAUGUAGGCCGUAAGAAGAAUUGAUUUUGAAAUCUUGAGAAUGAAAGGGUUUGAGAUGAAAUUUGAAGCCGUUUACAAAUCAGUCUGAGUCCUGGAAAAGUCCCAGAAAAUUCCUUGAAAUUUGUUUCUGAAAAAGGAUACGAACCCUGAUAUAACUGCGAAUAUGGAAUUCGGAGUUCUAGCGUGUCUUGAUAAUCCAAGAGGAACAGUUGUAAUAUUGCUCAUUGUAUGCCAAGGAAACUGAUCCAAAACGGCUUUAAGUCAAUCUUCUCCAUAGAACCUGCACCAAGCAAUCGAUUUUUUGUAGUUUUACCUCCAAGGAACUUUAAUUUGUAAUAACCUCCUAUUUAACCAUUACCUAUGUGUUACUGGGUAAUUCUCUGUUGUACAAAUAAUUUCGUUACCCUUUUAAGGAGCAGCUCAAUCGGACAAAGCACGAGGGUGGAGCAGAACGCGACGAAACCCCAACCCCUGUCCGAAUGCUCCGGGAUGAACGCGAAGCUUACGAUCGUAAAGACGAAGAAUCUCGAGCGUUAGCCGAGCAAUUAGACACGUUCAAAGAGGCUCUUGACAAGAAAGAAGACGAAUUGAAAAACCUGGCGGAGCAAAUGGAAGAAAUGAAUCUGAUGAUGGAAGAACAGCAGAAACUGUUGGAAGAUCAGCACAGCAAACUAAAGGAACAAGAAAAUUUGAUAAAUGAGCGCGAAGACCGCACGAAAGAAUUGGAAAAACUAUUGCAAGAGAGAAAAGAAGGGGUGGAAGAUAAGGAAGAGUUUGACAAAGCGCUCAAAGGGAGCCAAGAUGCUUUGGUCCAACAACAAAAGGUCAUUGAAGAGCUCGAAAGUAAAGUAAAUGCCAUGGAGCAGUUGACAGCUGAGAACGGAGAAAAGUUAAGAAAUGCAGAAGAACAGUUGGCUUCUAAAGAAGAAGAGAUGAGGCUUCAGGGAGAACAACUUGCCACGAAAGGAGAAGAAAUCAAAUUGUUGCAGGACGAAUUAAAUCGAGAGAAAACUGUGAAGGAAGAGAGAGAUUCUGAAGCAGAAACCCUUCUAGCCAAGCAGGUGAGUUUGAAACCGGAUGUGACGUAAUGCGUGCGCGAGUGAGUGCGCGCGCGAGUGAAUGCGUGAGCGAUUCGUGAUGGUCUUCGUUUGUUUGCGUAAUAAGUAUUGAGCUCAUGGUAAGACGACUGUGUCAGUUUUACGAUGUACAGAGAACAGAUCAUGCUCAUUAGAUUAGAAAGUUUUCAAUCCAGCACGAAGACUUAAGCUGUUUUGCAAUUUGCAAGAAAUUGUUUUCGUGGCAUCUCUUGAACUUUCCUGAUUUCAAAUGCGCAGAAUUUUUGUUCGCAUGUUAACAGUGUAAACGUGAGGCCUCUUGGCUUGCAUUAUGCUGAAUAUGGUGCUGUUCACGGCAGUUAAUCCUUUUAAUUUGAUCCGUAUCACGCUCUAACAAAGUGAUUUUGUUCUUGGUUUUUUUUCUGUAGUUAGAGGCGAUGAGUCAAAAAUUAAAUCAAUCGCAAGAGAUCGUGCGAGCCAAAGAGCAAGAAAAAGAACAGAUUCGUAAAAAUCUUCUGGCUGAGUCGCGCCAGUUGGCAGCUCUCCGAGCAGAGAUGGACCAAUUACGUGAAAAAUUCAAAUCUCAAGAGGACAGUCACGCGUCUGUAAUCACUGACUUACAAAAAACGCACAGAGAUGAAGUCAACGCCCUUAAAGCGGAGCUGACAAGGGGGGUACCCACGGGAGCUGAAGAUACUUUGAGUCCAAGUCAACAACUUGUCUUUGAGCAGGUUAGGUGUUCUUUGCAAACUAGAAAUUAAGGGUGUGGCUGCCUGGUUACCUAACUCACACUUUUAUUUGUUUGAAAAAUGAAGAGCGCAUAAUUUUUCUAUAACUACUGAUCGGUGGAGCCGGAGAGCAAUGCCAGUUUUUAUCCACUUAAUCUGUUCUUUGCUUUGAUUUAUUGUUGGCUAAGAAGUUGGUUUUGAGACGAUCGUAAUUUUUCUACCAAACGUUGAAGUGGAUAAUUUACUGUCAAUGCUUGAACUGAUUAAAGUGAAAUGUUAAUCGCCCAAAGUAAAUAAGAGCGAAAACGUGUUUGGUUUACCGUUGCCAUAUUUUGGUCGAGAAAGUGGCUCAAGUUUUGAAGACAAAUCACAGAGCGAAGCGAGCAAGAACCAGUGCGCUCUCGGAUCACUUUCGACACGCAAUUCACGUUUUUGCAUAUUGUUUUUCGACCACUUUCUCGUUCGUAAGUGUACAGUGUCGUGAUAUUUAUUUCCGUGUUAAUGCAUAUCAAUAGAAACUAAAAGGUGUUGAGGAAAACCUCAAACGGCAAUACGAGAAUCAGCUGGUGGCUGUGAAAGAGAACGAGGAGCAGAGACGACAACGGGAUAUAAAACAAGUGAAGGCUGAGCUAGAGAUGGACAACUUGACAAAACUGAACAAUCUGCGGAAAGAUCUGCUCACCACACAUAACGACCAGGUGAACAGAAUGCGACAGGAUCAUCAACGAGAAAUAGAGCGUUUGAUGACUAUAUCAGGUUGGUGGUCAAAGUGUAAUACCUCAUACGUUGGUAUUCCUGCGGUGGGAGGUUGGUCUUCAUAGGAGAUAUGCAGUUUAUUCUCUAUACAAGCAAUAGCGCUCAUUUGGCGCGAAAUUUUGCGCGGACUCUAACUGUUCCAACAAUCGAACAGUUCUCCGAGAGCGUAGCGGGAGGAACACUGUGAGUCUCGAGGAACAGAUUAUGUCCAAGGAAAAAUUUAUAAGCACAGUUUUACACCAAAUGAAGGCUAUUGUGUAUGUUAUCCUUCCAAUAUUUUUCAACGCGAUAUGAAGGUUGUAAAAGAAAAAAAAACAUGUUCUUUCUUUUGUAAAAACCUUAUAACGCACUUUCAUUAUGAAUUAACUUUUUAAUGAAAAGUUUUCCGUAUAGGACGUAAUGUUUGAAAAUUGGGAAUGUCACUUGGGGUAUAUCCUUGGAUAUUCCAUAGUUUUAACUGAAUCACUUGAUGCCAAUUACUCGCGGGCAAAAAUAUUUGAUUGAUUAUAAUUUCAGCGAUUACUAUAGUUGAGCAAUGUUUUUUUUACUGCUCUGAAAGUUACUCAGCCGAAUGACAGACUUGAGUUUCUGCCGCCGUUAGAAGAUCCAAUUAAUUUUUAAUUACAGAUUGCACACGAAUCCUAUAUUGACGUAAAAGUGGUCUUAAUUUUUUUCCAUGUAUAGGCAUCGAGUCUGCGUCACCAGAGAUGCGCGUGCGUCUUAACUCGGCGUUGGAUGAAAACGAGCGACUGGACAAUGAACUUGUUGGACAGCUCGUACGGCAGGCUCGCGUUAAGUCAGCAACUACUUCACCUCUAAAAUCCCGAAACACUAUCGAAGUAAGAGAGGGUUUUUUCUAAUGCAUGCUUGAUAUAUCAGUUAUUAUCCAUUUAUGAGAAGGCUGAUCUGUAAACAGAUCAGUGAAAGACAAACUUGUGGCCAAAAGGUGAAAUUGUGAGCACACUUGAUUUCGGAUGGAGUGUCUUGGUUCGAGUCUGGGCCCAUUGCACUAUAAUUGUGCCCAGCGGGAAAACCGUUAAUGAAGCUUACUAAAUGUAGGUGGUAACCUGUGAUGGGCUUGCAUCCCACCCAGGGGAAGUAACAAUACUCCAGGUCGCUUUACGCUGGCGAAAUAGGAGAGAUAUCUAGCGGCUUGGGCCAUCUGAGUCGGGCACAGACCUGGUUUUGCCAAUUGUAAAGACGCAAGUGGCCCUCAUUACGCAGAAAAAGACACUGUUGGCAAGACAGCUCUUUACAUCAGACCGAAGUAAAUGUUACCCCUGUUUGAGGUAUCUUACAAAGAGUGUAUCGCAUAUCUUCUCUUUACCAGGGUCUCCUCGACAAUCUUCAUACCGAGGCUGAGACCAUCCAAUCACUUGUCAGUGCUGUAUCUCCGUCACCUCAAGACCGAUCACUAGCAAGCUCGGAUGUAACGGUUUUACAGUCUUCUUGGUCAGCGGAGAAACAGGCGUUACUUGAAGCUGUCCAGUCUUUAAAAAAUCUAGUGGCGCAAACUCGAAAGGCUUCCACGGUAAGGGCUGGUUUUUCACCGCUAACGAUAGAGUUGAUCUAGCGACAACUAGAUCGUUAGAGUCUCAAGCACUCGCAGGGGUUGAAAACUAGCGUUGUGAUUGCUUGGUUCUUCUGUUUCUGCUUACUACUACGACACUUUUUUUUUUCCACCAUAAUCAAGCCUGCACUGAAGUUGCAAUUUUAAGGUUGCUCUUUUACUCGUUCUUCUUUCUAAUACCAUGGUAAUUUUUUGUCCAGCCCUCCAAACUUCUCGAGGAAGCUGAUUGGCGGGCAGAUUUGUUAAACGCCGUGCAAAAGGUACGUAUGUGUUUUUCUUUUCAGCCCUGUUGACCCAAAAUAGUUAAUGCCAUAUUUGCUAACUACAAAUGCCCGAACCAUGCGGAAAAAGGGGUAAUCGUAUGUAAAAAAAAUAUAAAAAACUUGCACAAACGGACAUAAACACGAACAAGACAGGGGCUAAGGCUGUAUACCCAUAAAAAUAAAUUUCAAAUGCAUCCACGAACCAAUCAGUUUUGGGUUUGACAGAUUCUUUCAAAAAAUUCUUCGACAAAGUAGGACUCCUAGAUUUGAGAUAUUUUUUUUCAGUAGAAUUUCACAGUCAAGCUCCUUUGUAACCAAUUUAGAAUUUUUAUUGAUUUUUGAGGGUGUUGAAAUGAUAGGAUAGCCACAGGGAAGUCUGGUGUCAUACUAAUCCAAUUCUUAAUACUUUUGACAAAUUAACUAAAAUAUAACAGGAGUCUAUUAAAAUAACAAUUUCAUUUGUUUCGUGCACCUUUAAAGGUAUUCGAGAAAGACAGGGAUGUCAUUGUGGCAGAGCUGAGGACCUCACAGAUUACUAACGGUCAUGACUCUCCCGGGGCCAGAUUACUGCGGGAUCAGAUACACGCACAGGUACAAAUCAUCCUGAGUCGUACUUUAAACUCUUUGUACUUCUCAAAACUGGUGAUUGUUUGGCAAAGUUACUCCACAUUCUUAAUUUUCAUACUCUUUCAAUUGUUUUAAAUUCUCAAUGAAUCAUAAUUUUGAAGGAAAAAUCUUUGCCUUUUGGAUUAAUGCGCAAUUUUACAUAUUUUUUUUUAAAGGAUGAACUUACGAGUCGUGUUAUGGAACACCUUCGUACAAAGGAUCGUGAUUCUUUGCUAGCUGAGAUUCACGAGCUUCGUAAGACCUCUACGAAACCGUUGAAGGAGCAGGUAUGAGUUUGAUAACACUAGUAGCAUAUUCAUAUGUGUUUUGGUUAUUUAUGGUAUCUAGAAUUGCUUACAUUGAGGUGACUCAAACGACGCAAAUCAAGGGAAAUGCCUGAGACUUCGUUCUUAAAACUCUAACCCUUCGCUCUUAAGCUGUUAUUUUUAUUAUUAUUUUUAGCAGGGAAAUCUCGUGGAACAGCUGCGUGUUGAAUUAGAGGAAGCUAAAAAGCGAGAGAGAGACGUCAGGGCACAGUGUAAGAAAUCUGUCUUUUUUUUAUGCUAAGUAACCAGGAAAUACAGGGUGUUAGUGUUAUGACUUCCGAAGUAAAAACUAAAGCUAUGUUAAUUGCAAACGCAAACAAAGAAGCUUAUUCGCUGUCUGCCACGAAUCCGUUUUUGCUGCAAUGCCGAUAUAGAUCCAUUUGUUAUAAGUAGAGAACAUUUAUUAUUUGCCGUUGGAAAUAUUUAUGUUUAUAAGCAAAGUAGGCAAAAUCAAUUGAAACUUUUUCCGCUGAUCGCGUUUUCUAUAAGCGCGGCUCUAAAUCUAUCAGUUUGCCAACCACGGUAGAAUCUGAGUCAAAGGAAUAAGUUUCUGAAGAAGCUGUGUUGCUGCGUCGGUGGGAGAGUAUAAACAGGGGAAUUAAGUAUUAUCAACUGAGUUGAUUAAGUAAAUUGGCCACCGUCAGAGCUAAAAGACGUAGGGCUAUCGCUCAAAAUGUCAGCUUUGAAACUCUUAAAGAUGGCCAAUUUACGCUAUCAACUCAGUUGACUAUAUUAUAUUACCCUAGUAUGUGGGUCAAAUGAAGUAAAGGGAGCGCUGAAACCUUUUCAUUUCAUUUCAGUACUGCUUAAAGGACAGCAGGUGGAUCACGUGAAAAAUGAUCUCACCAACUUGCUAACGAGGGAGAGGUCCUUAGUGGCUGACUUGAAGGAAGCCCUGGCGAAAGAGAAAAGUCGAAUCACAGAACUAGGAGCCACCCUAGAGAAGGAACGGGUCCAGGUCUUGUCCCUUAAGUGAGUAAAUACAUGUUCAAGCACUUUCCGAUCAAGUUUCGUAACACAGAAACCAAAGGAAUCUCAUUGGCUUAUCAGAACAGAAGUUAAUUUCAUAAGGAGCCGAUGAGAACUUAGAUAAGUACACGAUAUCGACCUCAAGGGCGGGAAAUUACAAGGGACCAAGUCGCAAUCGGUUUAUGUGUUGCAUCUGAUUGGUUAAGAAAGUGGCGCUAUUUUCUAGGCCGGCCAAUUACAUUGCGUAGUGAACGAGCCGAAGAGGGGUGGUGAGAGGCAUUAGACAGAGGCGUUAGUAAGAAGCUUUUUAUUCAUAUUUGCAGACAGGUGCAUCACUGCGGGCUCAACAUUUAGCUCCAGUCAUAGUUAUGUUUGUUAUCCCGUCUUCUCCGCUGAAACUUAACAAGAUUACGUGAAAAAUGGUUCUACUGACUAAGGUGCUAAUAUUAAUGUCCCCGUGGAAAAAGACGACGUGUGUUUUUAUAAUAAGGCGCCAUUUUAGAAAACUGUUUCAUUAAAACUUAACAAGUUUCCCCUUUCUUUGCAGAACAAGUCUUGAAGCUGAGAGAGUGCGUCAUUCAAACCAAACGCAAGCGUUAGAACUCGAAAGAGCAAAUACUAAAAAGUACCAAGAUGCGGUCGAAAGCGAACGGCAGCGAGGCAGACAAGAUAACAACCGACUGAUGGAGAACAUUGAGGCUCUCCGCCGACAGCUGUCAGCAGAUAAACAGGAAAAGGUAGAGUUGGAAGUGCAGCUGGAGAGAGAAAGAAUUGCCAUUUCUACUUUGGAGUCUGAAUUGGAAACAGAGAAGGCAUUACAAGUAGAGGCUCUAGGUAAUAAUGAUGACUGUUGUGGUUUGCGUUGAGUGUCUUUCCCUAGAAUACAACCUCUGAGUGAUUACCACUCGGCCACCUCGUCUCUCGCCUCCUCCGCCUUGAAGGGUUAUUGCUACGACAUCUAUGAAUGGUUAGAAAUUCUAGUCUUCUCGAUAAAACCAUAAGCUGUGUCUCCCGUACUGGUUAGUCGGGGACGUGAGUGAACCUUCGCACUUCUCGCAAAGAGUGGGGAACGUAGCUCCCAGUGUUGUGGUCUGUCCUUGAUCAAAAAACCGUAAUUUUUUGUCCUAUGCGUGUGCGUCUAUGUGUACGUGUGCAUCUACUUGCGUGUCUUUGGGUGUGCGUGCAUGCAUCUGUUGUUUUUCUUAAGCAGUGCAGUGUAAAGGGAAACUUUGCAUAUCCGAGCAACACCUCAUUGUUAAGACUUUUCAUGGUAGGGUGUGUUCUCUGUUAUUGUGGUAAUGACAUUCCGUUCACGAAUCAGUAACUCAAUAUCUUAAACUUUUCUUUUCAACAGAGCGUAAUCGUGAGACAAUCGAUGAGUUGACAGCGGCUUUGAAAGAUGAACAAUCUCGAGCAGAACACGUUCAGUUGGCCUUGACGAACGAGAAACGUCAAACAGAGGCGCUGAGACACUCAAAGGAGCGCGCAGAUCAGCUGCGAAACACCAAUAAAGGUAGAACAUAAAGGAAAGUGGGCCAGCUAUACUGAUAAGAAAUCUGUAAACUUAGGCGAGAUGUGAAGAAGAGAGUAGUCUUUUAAGAUUUAAGUCGAAAGUUUUUGUAUUUUGAUUCAUUUUGUUUUAUCACGUUCUGUGAUUGGUCAGAAAAAUUAUCCACCCUCUGAUCUAAUCAUCUCGUAAAAUGCAUUUUCCCGCGCUUUAAGCCAUUAACUAGUAUUUAUGGUUCUCUCCUUUGUUCGAAUUGGUCAUCGUGAUAACCUUGUUUUGGUUUUUACGGCACUCGAUCGGGGUCCACUCCAGGACUAGGAAACAAGAAAAAAAACAAUUGAGUGAAAUCAUUUUUUGAAACCCCGAUGUUAACUUUAUCAAUGGUAUUCCCUGCAGUUUUUAACUACAGCCUUCGAAGUGAUGCGAUCUCCUCGCUUUUCAUGAAAAGUUUUUUUGAGAAAUUGGGGAUUUGUCAUAACAGUCUUCUUUUUUCUUCACUUAUACUUCACCAGGUUAUUUAUAAUUCAUUGGAAAAUAAGACAGCAUAGAUGAUCGUUUUUUGUUUGAACAGUUAAACUUGUGGGGACUUUGGGAGCAAAAUCGCUCUUGAACGUGACUUCCUAUUUCAGUUAUUGAUAUGUUAAUGUCUUCUUCGAUGUCAGAGCUACAAGCGGCGUUGAAUGCUGCCCGAGAGAGGUCUGUCGAACUAAGUACUUCUCUUGAAGAUGAGAAAAAUCAUAGCGCGUUCCUUGAAGUGUCUCUGGAAAACGAGAAAGACAAGAACGACGAAUCCGUCAAGACAGAGAAAAUAGUCGCUCAUCAGUUAAAGGGAGCUCUAGAUGUUGUCCAGGUACUGAAAAGGUUUUUACUGUUAUUACAAAGACUAUAUCAAUUUCUAGACAGAUUUUUCAUGAACAUGAAACAGUUAACUUCGUCAGGAAUCAAUCUUAUUAAGUAAAGGAACUAGGAGACACUGAGGUGUCAUACUUCCAGGCCUUUGUGACACAAAUUUGAUUAUUUGUCUCUGCUGUCUAGGUGAAGGGAACUUAAAGAUUAAAAAUUGUUAUUUAAGAUAGUGGGUUUUGUCACAAUAAUGGUAUUUCGUCGUGUGACAUUUCAGAAACAAAGCUUGAGACUUAUCACCACACAGAGUAGUGCGGACAUCACUUGUUCCUAGCAGUAUGCAGAACUUUGCUUGUGGCUUACAACCUUAAUGCAUAACCCAGCUAGCUAACGAGUUCUUUGAUGCCCGUAACCAUUCCUUAACCCAUUGACUCCUGAGGGUGACCAGCAUCUUAUUUCUGUGAGUCACACAUUAAGGUCGCGAGAAUACAGGAAAUGAUCGUCAACAACUGAAUAAACAAAAUAUAGUUUGUUAAACAAAUUUUCCUUGUCAGCAGCUUAGUAGACGUACAGAGAACAGUAUGGAGAAUAUCCAUGUUGAUGUUAGAGUGUUAUGAGUUAAUGAACUGCCUCCAAUCUUAUCAGAGAAGUUGUAGGGUUCCAUUCCGGUUUUUCCUUGUCCCACGCUCAUCAAGAAACGAAAAUCACCUUUCACUACCUUUCUCUAUUCCCAGAAACAAUUGGUUGAACUGACAAGCACGCUGGAAGAAGAACGAAUCCGGGCACGAAGGCUACAGAAUGAGAGAGAUGUUCAACAAGCUACUGCCAUGAGUCACAAGGAAAGAGAACGCCAUCUACAGACAGAUCUGGAAAACGAAAAGAAAAAGCGAGCUCAACUCGAACAGAAACUGAGGAACGAGAGAGAAAAGAACGCAGAUCUCAACAGAGAUUUGACGGAGAGGGAUAAAAAACUGGGCGAGUUACAACAAGAUCUGGAUAGCCAGGCAUUAAAACAGUCAGAAAAGGUCUGUUGGUUUAAGGAAAUCCUUAUGUGACAUAUCAGCGUCUUACGACAAUCACAUACAUCGGUGUAGAGAAAGUAAAAUUAGUACUCUUACUCCUAACCUAUUCAAGGAAAGGCACGUUUAUGAAUAAUGUAAUUCUUUCAAGCUUUUUGCUGAGACGUGAAGGGCUCAAAUUCGAUAAAUGAGCUUUGAGAAAUUCUCUGCAGUGGUUGGUAAACCUCUGUAAACCCUGCUAUUAACAUGAAAAUUCUCCGCUUAAUGUUCCUUAUAUUUACCUUGAUAUCAAUGAACAUAAUUUGUCUGACGAUCACCACGUUUUGUUCUGGCCCUGCGAAUUUGCUCAAUCUUCGUGAGCCCUAUGUUCGAUUAAGUAGAACUUUUUGAAGAGGAAAUUUGUUCUAGUCACUCAAAGGUGUUUAAUGAUUAACGCGGUUCUACCGUCACGUGAUUGUAACACAAUUAUUCUCUUCACAGGAGGCGUCUCUGUACCCGCUUCGUAUGAGACUCCUUCUUCAUCAACAACAAUUGGAGUCUAUGAGACAACAACACCAGGUGCUGAUCAAUAAACAUCAGAAUUCUGUUGACUCUGCUUCAACCAGGUAACUGACUUACUCUUCCGAAUAACUUAGUCACUAAAGGAACACUACUUCAUAUGGGCGAAGCUUUUGUGUGCCAACUAUUUCGGCUUUUCAGCGUUUUGCUUUGUUCAAUUUUAAGAUUACUUUAGACUUCAAGGAUUUUCUGAUUAAAUUCCAUUUUCGAAGAUUAUCCGGGAUCCUUGUUUAGUGAAGAGCUCCAUUAAUUAAAUGAUGGAUUUUCCGGUGAAUGCUGAGGAUAUGUCGACGGUCGUCGGUAGAUCUUAGGUAUUUCGCCGGUAGAUCUUUGCGAGGAGCUUAGCUCGUGCGCGAAAGUGCUUACAGCUAUUGAACUUUCCUCUUGGCUGUCGACCGACAAUGUUGGUCCGAACCCUUGCGCCUAUUUCAAGCACAACAAUUAAUAGAAUAUUUGUAUUACCUGAUUGUCCUGGAUAUUUACUUCAAGGGGUAACAAGGAGGUGGAAGAAGUGAAAAGAUCACUUGCCAAUCUUCUGAAAGAACUUGAGCAGAUAAGAUCAACACUCACUGUGCAUAUAGACGUAAGUAGCCUGUAUUUAGGUAUCGGUCGUUGUUUAUCGCCUAAGGGGUGGGGGCUAUGUCACAAUAAAAUUUACCUGAUCCCCCUAAGGGUCUGGAGUAUUCUAAAACUUCCCCCCUUUGUUGGUGGUCAAUUUUCUACCGUCUCUACCGGAGUAAAUAACUCCUGACAUAAAUUUCUUCAGAGCUUUGUCGCGUAUCCUCUAUUCCCUUCUUAGAGCGUAUUUUGAAACUUUAUACAUUUCUAUUAAACGUGGUGCGCGUCGUUGUUCUUUGGAUGCGUAACGCUUCUCCUUUUACGAAUCAUUUCUUGACGCCAGGUUAAACUUGUUGACGGGCCAGCACGACUCCUGCCAGGCGUUGAGUGUAUUGUUAACGAUCUUCCCUGCAUGUAACCAAAAACAUGGACGGUUGAUCCCCCGUCCUUUCCCCCCUGAAAACCAUGUGAUCCCCCCCCGAAAAAAAAAACACUCCUUAUCAAAUAGCCGUAUCAAUAUUUCAGUAAGUAAUACGUGGACCUUACCCGUCUUAAAUAAUUUUCAGGACGACCAGACAGUGCCAUUGUCGCCCAUUAAAGCGGCUGCACAAGAGAGGAUCGUGCGUCAAAACACAGAACUGGCAGAAUUUGUCUCCAAGUUAAACGAGGAAAAGAAGGAAUUGAGAAAUGCUUUAGCUAAUUUAGAAGAACAAAUUGCGCAGUAUAGACAGCGGGAUAGAGCAAAUGAACAGGUAACGAACUCAAGGUGCCUCAUAGAAACAUCGUCUAGUAUACCAUUCUCUGUCCCGUAAAGAUGUUUAUACUAUUUUUCUCUUAAUAUCAUUGUUUUACUCAUUUCCAGAAUUCACGCCUUACAAAAGAGCAUGCCGACUCUGUGCUGAACGCUGAGCGUGAAGUGUGGGCUCAGGAAAAAGCUCGAUCUCAGCAGGCCUUGAGGUCAGCUGAAGCAGAGCUGGCUCGUUUGAGAGAAGAAAUCAGUAAAGACACUGGUACGCCGCGCAUACCACUCAGCAGCCGUGAAUCAGAUACCGACGAGAUCACGUGGCCACGUUCUAAGGUGGGUAGUGAGUGGCCAGAUUGUAGUCCUGUGGUUUCGGUCUGUGAUAGUGAAGUGAUGGGAGAUGGGAGCGUAAUGCUCCUUAAUACAUAAGAUAUUUUUACAGCUUUUGAAUGAAAAAGCAAUUGCGAAAGUCGAUUCUCGAAUUGUUCAAGCACAGUAUAGAGCAAUUAUUUGAAAAAAAAAAAAACUUAAAUAAGGGUGUUUUGCAUUAAUGAAUCGUUGAAAACUUCCAACAUUUUCUCUACUUUGUUCCUGUCGGUGACGUGCGACUGUGUCAAUAACGCGUCGAGCUGCUGUUAAUCCUAAUGUUGAACUCUCGGAAAAAAAUUGUUGGAUCUGGAUGGCUUAAAAAGUCACCUUCUUAAGUUUUGAUUUGUGAAUUUUUGUCUGCUUUGUUAGUUUUGCUUUUCUGUGUUUGGGACUUUUAUUUUUGGUAUCAUGUCAUUAAACGCUUGUGGUCUUACGUCAAAGCCUGUUGCACUCGUUGGGCCGCUAUCGACCUUAACGUUGUCCUUCUUGUUUUGCAGCUCCUAAAGCUUUAUAAACGAUUUAUCAAGGCUGAGAGCUUUCGGAAAGCUCUUGUGUAUCAAAAGAAAUAUCUUCUGUUGCUUCUGGGAGGCUUUGAAGAGUGCGAGUCUACUACGCUGGCCAUGAUCGCUCAGAUGGGAGCUUACCCCAAGGAUCGUGACCGCUCCUUCAGACGAACAGCAAUCAGCAGAUUCCGCACUGCCGGGCGCGCUGUCCUCGCAAUCCAACGCAUGAACUUUUUGGUGAACAAAUCGAAACGUGUUACCAUCACGGGAUCACGCGAUACGCGUGAGAACACGAGUAGAUCACGUAUGGUCAACGGAGACUUAAACAGUCACGAUCACUCUGUUUACCAGGCCCCCAGUCAAACCUACGCACCUCGGUCGACUGAGGAAAGGCCCGGUAGUGUUAAUGGCGUCCAUGUUGCGCCAACAUUGCAUUCGCAUCAGCCCAAUGGUGUUUCUUCGUAUGCUAACAGAUAUUCGCCGCGAAGUGACCGGAGAACUCGCGACAAACAUCAAACAGGAAUAAAUGGGCAUGUAGACUUCAGAAGUCAUACCAUGCCACCCACGAGUGCGUCAUCGAGUGAGAGACUCAGUGGAGGAGUUAUGUCUGGUAAAGACGGGCCUUUGUCGCACAGAAGUCAUGUCACGUCACCAAGCAGAUCAUCUAGAACUUUCUCCCCAACAUCCUGGUCGGAUACCCGCUCGACGUCGGCGCCGCUCGCUCGAGAACCGACCACGACCGAUUACACCCGAACUUUAAAAUCGCCACCGGUUAGGGACUCUGUAACUACACAGAGAGAUUACAGUCAUCGAGAUCGUUUAGAGUCUUCACCUCGGCAUUCUUCGCCUCGUCGCGGAGAAAGAUCGGGUUUACUGGACUUCCACAAUCACCACGAUCGUCCACUUUCACCGUCUAGAGCAUCUUCGUUGGGAUCGGCUCAUAACGACAGUGAUAGUGGUGAUCACUCGCUGAAUUUGUACAUCCAUAGAUUGGAGUCCUUACAGAACAGACUUGGGGCCUUUGACAGAGGUAAGACAUUUGCAACAACGCGUUCGAAGUAUACUGAAGUUUCAUUCUGA